AUGGCUCCGGUAUCGAACCCAGAGAAGGACAUGGACGGUCCGGACGGCGGUGAGUUUGUGUCUUCGUCCUUUUUUAGCGAACUUAAGCGGAGCUGAGAAAGAAGUUAGCUAACACAGGAGCUAGCUAACAUUAAAGUGGCACAAAAAGGCCACGCUCAGGCUCUUUAUUUUGUCUCUGUUUGGAUUAAAGUGAAGUAGUUAAGAUGAAAGUUUGUUGUCUAAGCGGUGCCUUUUUAAAAUGUAAAGCCACGGUAACAUCCACAUAUCUUUGUGUUCAGCAUUACUGCACAGUAGCCAGUAAUGCUUUGGUAUGUACCUGUGACAGAUAGCUGCUGUCAGGAAAUCCUCAUGUCCGUGUGCUCCUCUCCUCAGAUGAUGGAGGUGAUUCUUGCAGUCUGGCGAAGUCUCGCUCCAGACGAGAAAAGAGGGAAAAGGUGGGGAGGAAGUCUGCACUGGAGCAGAUCAAGAAAGCCAAGAUGGGGGAGAAGAUCAAAUAUGAGGUGGGAAGCUUGAACGCAACAGAUGCAGUCCUUAUAUUUUUGUACAGUUGUCUGUAAUUGUACCUCUAACUUUGUGUUUGAUAACUCUCCUCAGGGCAUCAAUCCAUUAUCCAUUACCGAACGAUAGCAUUACACAGCGGUCUGAGGAGCCAUAAACAAACCUCAACCAAAAUGCCAUCCACUAACACCAUUACAAAAUUCUUGUACAUAUGAAAUAGUGUUAUUGAAAUGGUAGUAGAUAUCACAUGCACAGCUUGACCUGUUGCGAUCCAAGAGGGCUUGUUUGAUAAUAUGCUCAUCUUGUGGUGGUGCUUCCAGGUGGAGGAGUUCGCUAGUGUAUAUGAAGAGGUAGACGAGCAGCAAUACUCGAAGAUGGUACGAGAAAGGCAAGAAGAUGACUGGAUCAUUGAUGAUGGUGGGUUUUCUGUGUCAUGUAUCCUCUUAGGAUAUGUUUGUUAUUUGAGGUGUGACAUGAAAGCUUCAAUUCUUUUUCAGAUGGAAUUGGAUAUGUGGAGGACGGGAGAGAAAUCUUUGACGAUGAUUUGGACGAGGAUGUUGUAGAGAACAACAAAGGUAACAUAGGCGCAGUGUUAAAUAACGCACAAGUAUAGCUUCAUUUUGAGUAUGAGCAUAAUUGUAGUGUCACAAAACACUAUAUAAUUUAAUUCUCAAUGUUUGGGUUGCAGGUAAACCAGGCGCCAAAGGAGCAGGCUCAAAGAAGACUGCGAAGAAAUCUGUCGUAGCCAAACCCAACUCUAUAAAGAGCCUCUUCAUGAACAGUAAUGUCAAGAGGCCUGUUGAGGUUUGUCUUUGUUUCAUGUAUAAAUUUGUUGUGUCCUUUGCAGAUUUUGAAUUAAGAUCAAAAGUAACACUCAGCAUUGUUUCUUGCUCCUUCAUGGACCAAAACAUACAUUUUUCUCCUGCAGAAAGACGUGGACCUGUCCAAGGAUGACCUACUUGGAGACAUCUUACAGGACCUGCACUCUGAGGUUAGUGCAGUUGCACGUCCUCAGUGCAGAAUAUCAACAUGAAAAACAAAAUCAGGGUCAAAUUUUGUACAUUUUGUAAAAGCUGCCUUUUUAAAAUUCUAGAAACCAGCUCUCCUGACCCCUCCACCCGUUGUGACUCUGAAGAAAAAGAAACCUCUUGGAUCACCAAUGAAUCCCUUUUCUGUGAAACCCCAGAUGCCAAAGGUAUUAUUCAUUUCUCUCAUUAUAUUGUUUCAUUGCAAUAACCAUACAUCAAGCUACCACUCUACUGGCUUGUAGCUGAAAUGUUUAACAUCAUAUCUGCAACACCAGGAGUCACCCAAAGCCAAAGUUAUCAGGCCGCCCCCAUCUGACCCGACCCCCAGGUCAGCAGCUCGUCCUCCUUCAUCUACUCCAGCUCCUCCUGUGGAGAGGCAGAAGAUAAAAGUGGAGGAACAGGAUGAAGAAGGUAACUAUUACUGUGGUUGCUUUCACGAUUUGUUCCUUUUUCUUGCAUGUUGCUUUUUUUUUUAACAGUUUAUUUUUCAGUGAGUGACAUGAUGGGGUUUGACGGGGUGGACUUUGAUGAGCCGAUGGAGGUCGGGCUCCAGGAGGAGAAGCCUGUGAUCAAAGAUGAUCCUGAACCUGAACCUAAAGCAGCAGCUGUGGCAGUGACAGUGAAGCCUAAAACAGAGCUCCAGGACCCUGUAUUAUUGUACGUACCCCAUGAGGUCAACUGCUUAUAUACUGUCUAAUACACUGUCAAAAGUGAAAACGUCAUUCUUACUUUCUCAAUCCCUCUCCAGAUCAGGCAAACUCAGCUCCUGGGGACAAGAGGAGGAUGGAGCCAGCGAGGCCCCAGUAGAGGUUCAGGUGGACUCCAGCAGACUUCCUCUGGUGGAAGGGCCUGAUGGGGAGCAGGUUUUCCGCUUCUAUUGGUUGGACGCAUUUGAAGAGCCCUACAACCAGCCAGGUCUGGAGAGGACAUGUUGCAGACUUUCUCAUAAUCUUCAGCUAUUAAAAAAUGUUCUGAUAAGUAGAGCUCUUCCCUGACUGUAAUUUUUUUUACUCUGGUUUAGGUGUGGUGUACUUGUUUGGGAAAGUGUGGAUUGAAUCCGCAAAGUCUCACGUCAGCUGCUGCGUCACUGUGAAGAACAUUGAGCGGAGCAUGUACUUGCUGCCUCGUGAACAUGUAAGUCACAUUACUACGCAUGUGUACUCACUUGACAUAAGGGCAUGACCGAUAAGGAUUUUUGGAGCCGAUACCGACACCGAUUAUUAGGGGGGGAGAAAGUUCGAUUACUGAUUAAUCAGCUGAUUUUUAAAAGUUUUUUAUAAAGCUUUAAAAUUUUGUUAAUUAAAGUAUAUCUACAUAUUUACUUAUUUUUUUUAAACAAAUGGCUGCUUUUGAGUCUUUCAAACACUUUUUCAAAGAAUUAAAGGCAGAAAACUCAUUUGAUAUCCUUUUUAUUGCUAAAACAACUGAAAAAGAAGUAAACAAACAAACAAACAAGCAAACAGUUAAGUUAACUUCCAACACUUUUGCUCAACGUCCUCAUCUCUCACAUCCCUCAAAACAAACAAUAAAAAACAACUGCAAAAGAAUGAGGUGUUUUUGUGAAAAUCUUUAAGUUAACUAUGUUGUACUAAUUUUGUUCUUAAGUUACUAAAUACCUCAUUCUUUUGCAGUUGUUUUUUUUUUUUUACUGCUCUUCACCGACUGAUCAUCUCAGUAAUAUUUCAUGUAUUUAUCAUGAAUUAAACUCGGACCAGAAAGGCGUUUUCAACUUGAUUUAUAUGCUACUUUUUAAUAUUAUGUUGAUUUUUUUUCCCCCCACAAACAGAAAGUGGAUCCCAAGACUGGACAGAUAUCAGACACUCCUGUAGGAAUGAUGGACGUCUACCAAGAGUUCAAUGAGCUGUCUGAGAAGUUUAAGAUCAUGAAGUUCAAGUCAAAGGUUGGUGUAGCCUCAGCUCCAGACUGUAAAGGAAAAAUACUUUCCUCAACAUAUUUUUAACAGCUGGUUCCCUGAUUCUCUCUACAGAAAGUUGAGAAGAACUACGCCUUUGAGAUCCCUGAUGUGCCCAGUCAUUGCGAGUACCUGGAAGUCAGAUAUUCUGUGAGUUCAUGAGCACACAUUCUCAGCGUGUUCGGUCGAAGUGAUCCAGACUACAGCUGUAAAUCUUGUUUUGCAGGCUGAGUAUCCUGCGCUGCCUUCAGACCUCAAGGGGGCGACUUUCUCCCACGUUUUUGGAACCAACACUUCCAGCCUGGAGCAUUUUCUCCUCAGCAGGAAGAUUAAAGGGCCCUGCUGGCUGGACAUCAAGACGCCCCGUAAGGAAAACCAGAAAACUACCUUUUAGCUUAACUUGAUUUAUUCUUUCAUUAGAGACCUCGAUCGUUAAAACAUGAGAGAAGUUCAUGAAGAGAUCCGCUCUCCUCUGAAAGAUUCAUGGGUGUAUUUUGUUUCUGUGUCAGAGCUGAUAAGCCAGCCAGUCAGCUGGUGUAAGGUGGAGGCUCUGGCCUUAAGGAGUGACCUGGUUACGGUGGUGAAGGACUUGUCUCCUCCACCUAUUACCAUCAUGUCAAUCAGCCUCAAGACCAUCCAGAACCCCAAGACCCACCACAAUGAGGUGAGGACUCUGUCUUUGAUUAUUUUGAUAAUUUUAAUGUUGUUGUGUGACUUUAAUACCUCAUUGUGUUAUCGUUCACCUUCAGAUUGUGUCUUUGGCUGCACUGGUUCACUACAAGUUCCACAUGGAUAAAGCUCCACCUCAACCUCCAUACCAGACCCAUUUUUGUGGUGAGUUCUUUAUGUUCAUGUUUGCUUUCUCUAUGUUAGAAACCCGAGACACAGGGUAAAAUUGAGCCAUAGUGUUGCCAGUGCUGCUAGUUUUUGGACAUUAAGUAUAAAGCGUAAUUAAAAGAGAAGUCAGUGAGGGAGGUAGAAACAAACACAGACUCUGAUUUUAAUGUUUAUGUUGUUUUGGUUGCAGUUGUGAGCAAACCAGCUGACUGUAUCUUCCCAUAUGACUUCAAAGAGGUGGUGAGGAAGAAGGUGAGUCUUUUGCACCAACAUUGUCUUGAUUUUUACGGGAAUAUGCUCUUUUUAUAUGGAGGAUUUUUACAAAUUUGACUUGAUUUCAUAGAGCCAGAAUGUUCUUUAAGUGAAAUAACGUUCAAAUGUAUUCAUUGUGUAUUGUGCUUGAUAAGGUUUCUAUGAAAAGUACACAGAUGCAGUGAUCAUGAUGUUUUAAAGCAUUUGUCUCCAUUGUAAAUGACUCUAAAAUUACUGAUGAGACUUUAUUUCCUCUAUUAGAAUGGAAAAGUGGAGAUAGCAGCUACAGAGCGGACCCUGCUCGGCUUCUUCCUCGCUAAGAUGCACAAGAUCGACCCCGAUGUGCUUGUGGUGAGUGCGAAUCCUGAACUGGGAGGGAUAAUCCAUCAAAAAUUUUGCCAAAACAAAAAUGCUCUUCUUUUAUUAGUUUUUAGAUGUAUUAAUGGCCUUGACCCCUCCUAUUUAUCUAGCUUACUUUCAUCAUAUCAACCCUUGCGGACCCUGAGGUCCUCUGGCACAGGCCUUUUAACCUUACCCAAAGUUAAAACAAAAACACACGGGAAGGGGGCUUUUAGUUUCUAUGGCCCCCGGUUGUGGGACAGCCUGCCAGAGGGCCGCAGAGACUGUCGAUGUUUUUAAGAAGAGGCUCAAGACUCACUUUUUUAACCAGGCUUUUCACUAAUUGCCGUUUUAUAUUUCUCUUAUUGCAAAUGUUCAUUUUAAUUGAAGUUCUUCAUGUUUAUUUCAUGUCAUUUUAUUUAUAAUCUCUGUUCUUAGUCUUUUUCUUAAUUCCCAUCUUAGAGUUUUUUUUUUUACUUCUUUUACCCCUUUUACAGGUUAAAGAGCUCUCACUUAUUUGGCCAUGUCUCCUUAACAAUAUAUCUUAAAUUCUUACUCUGUGUGCGUUUGUGUGUGUGAAUGUGUGAAUGUGUGGAUGAGUAAGGGUGGGUGUGUGUCUUUGUUUGUGUGUGGGUCAGGUUUUAUUGUCGUUUAAUUGUUGUUUUUAGCCUCUGUGAGGCACUUUGAACUACAUUUUUAAGUCUGAAAAGUACCAUACAAAUAAAGUUGAAUUUGAAUUCUUCCGUUUUUUUUUUUCCUGUAGGGUCAUGACAUCUUUGGCUUCGACCUGGAAGUGAUCCUGCAAAGGAUCAAUUUCUGCAAAGUUCCCCACUGGUCUAAGAUCGGUCGCCUAAGGAGGGCCAACAUGCCAAAACUAGGGGUGAGACACCUGAAAACACCAAAAGCAGCUUAUUUUGAUUUCGUAUUGUCUUCUACUUUCCUGAACACUCUCCUCUUUUCCAGGGUCGUGGUUCCUUUGCAGAGAAGAGCGCGACCUGCGGCCGCCUUGUGUGCGAUGUGGAGAUCUCAGCCAAGGAGCUGAUUCGCUGCAAAAGUUACCACCUGACUGAACUGACGGCUCAGGUUCUGAAGACGGAGAGAGUCACAGUCCCUCAGGAGGACAUCAAGAAUCUCUACAGGUUUGUAUUUCUUUAAAGGGACAGUUCAACCAAAUCAGAAAAAGAAGAGUGAGUGAUCAUCCCUCGUGAUCAAUAUGUAAAUACUGUAUUUAUCCUAAAAUGUGUUUGUGUGACAGUGACUCCCCUCACCUGCUGUACUUGCUGGAGUUAACAUGGAUGGACGCCAAGCUCAUCCUCCAGAUCAUGUGUGAGCUCAACGUGCUGCCGCUGGCCCUGCAGAUCACCAACAUUGCCGGCAACGUCAUGGUAACACGAUCAAUUAUCCACGGCUGCUCAAAUUAACACUAACCAUCACAACCAAAAGACAGUUUGGUCAGAACAGAAAAAUCAGCAUCCGUAAAACUGAAACACUCGAAAUCCUCCCGACUCCCAGACGUCUUUUCUGCCUGUGUGUCGUAGAAAAAGAAUUUUUAAGCAUGCAGGACAAAAGAAAACAGGACAGCAGAUCGGUGAGGUUUUUGAAUUUCAGUCGGCAGCUUUUCUUGAUUAUUGUACGGAAAAUUGAAACUAGAAUCAACCGUUUGCAGACAAAAGCAAGACUUGUUAUCUUUUUGAAUGGAAAGAAAAUACUCGAAGCGGUAACUCUAAAAAGAAAUCAUCAAGGCUUAGCGGUGGUGGUUUUAAUCCGCCUCUGUGUCGCAGUUAGGUAAGAUAACCUGAGAUAGACUCUUCAGGAUUGUUUAAGUCAGCUUCCCCCCUCUGGCUUUUUUCCCCCUUUAUUUACGUCCUUCACCUCCUGCUUUAAUCACCCGCUUUCUUCCCCGCAGUCUCGCACUCUGAUGGGUGGUCGCUCUGAGAGGAAUGAGUUCCUGUUGCUUCACGCCUUCCAUGACAAAAACUACAUUGUGCCUGACAAACCCUCCUUUAAAAAGGCCCCGCUGGAAACGGUAAAAACUGAACACAACAGCAGACAUUGUCAAUAUUCUUCUGAAGUGUGUUUCCUUUGACUGACCUUCUGCUCUUUGUUUCUUUAUCCAAGGUUGAUGGAGAUGAAGAUGUGGAUGCUGGGAAAGGCAAACGGAAGAAGAAGGCCGCCUAUGCUGGCGGUCUAGUGCUGGAUCCCAAAGUUGGUGAGUCUUUCAGGUCUUUUUUCUUGAUCUGUAUCUUUUCAAAUGUGAGUCUUCGUACAGCUUUCAAGACCUUCCCUUCCUUUCUCUCUGCAGGUUUCUACGACAAGUUUGUGCUGUUGCUGGACUUCAACAGCCUGUAUCCCUCCAUAAUCCAGGAGUUCAACAUCUGCUUCACCACAGUGCAAAGGGAAGCUUACAACGCAGCGAAGAAGAAGGAGGUGUGUACAGUGUUUGUUUAUUUGUUUACUGUAGGAGCCAUCACUACUUAAUAGACAAAGAAACUGAUUUCAAACCAGACUGAGUCUCUGGUUCAGAGGCGUGAAGAUCCUCGUUCUCCUGCUUCCCGGGAGAAUGAUUUUUUUUUUUUUCCCAGGGGUAAAGUUAAAGCUCACCUCCAGUUCUUGUUUCCAUGGUAACAGGAUGAUGAGUCAGAGGAGAUUCCUGAAAUUCCAGAUCCAGACCUGGAGAUGGGAAUUCUGCCCAAAGAGAUCAGGAAGCUGGUCGAGAGGCGUAGACAGGUCAAACAGCUGAUGAAGCAACAAGACAUCAACCCAGACGUCUACCUGCAGGUAUACACAAAAACACACACACACACAGAUACACACACUCAAGAGUUCACACAUUAUGAUGGAAACACACAGAGCAUCACUACACUGUUAUUUUUAUUUUCUCUGAUCCAGAAACUUAAAGUAGGUCAACAGAAGUAAAUCUCACAAAACUCUUUUGGGGUUUAUUACACACUCUUGUAGCUCGCUCUUGUUAAAUUUCAUGUAUUAAAAAAAAUCAAAGCAGCAGGUAAAUAAAAUUUGAUCUUAAUGUUGGUUUAAAGAUGACUGAUUGGAUGGUAAUAAAGGUUUAAAGAUUGAUGGUGGUUGAGGAUUUUUUAGGACAUAAAGAGUUUUCCUCUCUGUGUGUGAAAAUAGCUCUGCAGGUGCAUUUGUAAUGUUUGGUGUGCAUGACUUUUUCAUGAUCAGAUUUUUUUAUCGCCUCCAAAACAACUCCUGACAUGUCAGAGCUUCACAGUCUUUAAUUUUUCAGGACUAUAAUAUAUUACACUUUUCUCUUUCAACUAAACUCAGUGUGCUUCUCUCUUACAGUACGAUAUUCGUCAGAAGGCUCUGAAGCUCACCGCUAACAGCAUGUACGGCUGCCUGGGAUUCAGCUACAGUCGUUUCUACGCCAAGCCGCUCGCUGCGCUGGUCACACACAAGGGGAGAGAGGUGAGUCAAAAAAACCACAAGCAGCACGUGAAAACGGCUGAUUGAGCCGUUUUGAAGCCACAGCGUCACUGAAUCCCAACACUAAUUCAGAUGCAGUUUGGAAAAAGAAAUGGCAUUAUGAACUCGUGUAACAACCCCACACUUAAACUAUUUUGAUUAGUUGGUGAAGUAAAACAGGAAAACACACUCAGAUAGAUGAAAUCAAUAAGAUUUCUUCGUUUAGUUCAGCUUUCCUUACAGUCCUUUUAGGUUCUUGUGGGCACCCUGACAAAUAUGGGAUUAUUUUAUUCAUAUUUGACCCAAUCCUUUCUUCCUCUGUUUACCCUCUGCUGAACAGAAUAUUUGACUUAUUUAGUUUGAAAUGAAGAUCAGGACUGUGCUCACAAGUUGCAGACUGAUUUCAGAUUUUCAACCACUGAUAACCGCUGAUACCGACAAUGAGAGAGCAGGUUGGCUGAUGUAUUUUGCUUACAUCCUGAUUUUUUAAAAUUUAUUUAUUCAUAAAUGGGUCUAGUGAGAAAAAUUAUGCUUAUCUUAAAUUAACAUUUUAAUAAAGAAAUCUGUCUGAAAAAUAUUUAGCUCGGUAAAAUAUUGAGACAUUUUUUUUAUUUCUAUCCUGCCAUCUGAGAUUAUUAAAAAAGACAAUGCAAGUUAGACUUUGCAGUUACGUGUAUAAAUCCGUCAUUUUAAGCACAUGAAAAUGUAACAUACGUGGGAUUUGUAGUAUAAUGACAGUUUUUACAAAAAUUCUUAAAGUGCUCACAGACCGGCUUGUAUUUAAAUGAAAGAGUGUGAAUUUUUUGCCGAUAAGAGAUUUGUUGAUUUUGUCAGACUUGCUUUACCAACACCUGUCAACGUAAAUCCGUGUCAGAAGACCAAACCUGUGUUCUCCACUGCUCUGAAAAGCUGCUCCUCAGGGGCAGUAAAUCCAUAUUUGGUUCUUGCUGUUCUCCUUUUCCUUUUUGUCGAAUAAGGAACUUUUUAGACAUUUAUCUGCCCACACUGAUUAAACAGAUCCUGAUGUACAAAUAUAAACUUAAAACACUCCCAUUUUCAUCCACAAGAGGGAGCUGCAAGAUCAGUUUUUAACAUCUGUAGUUUUCUCAUUUCUUAUUCCUCAUUCUUCUAUUUAAUUUUGUCGUCUCUUGUCUCACAUUUGUCGCCCGUCCUCUUGACAGAAUCAUCUGUCUGUUUUACCACAUCCCCCUCUUGUGUGCUAAAUAUGAUUAUUCCUACAAGUGUCAGAGGCCUGUAACUGUGAUCUGAGUAAUCGCUGGGAUAUCAAUAGCUCUGUCUAAGUAUUUACCAGUAACAGAACCCGACAGACACACACACACAUGAGGCUAACAUGCAGUUCAUGUAAAGUGCGACGACUUCUUUCAACACACACAACUGGAACAACAGGGCCGUCCUGAGUGGAUGAAUAGGUGCACACAGAGGCAUGUGUGCAGCAUGAGAUAAACGGCUAAACCUGGUACUGUAACUGAACGCCUCACACACACACACACACACACACGCUCUCUCACCAUUUCACUGGUAGUACUCAUGUUCAUUUAAUGAGCUCUAACAGUACACAUCCUCAGCUGAGGCGUCCAGCUUUGCCUCAGGGGACUCCUUCAUUAAGAUCCCCUUACACAGGCAUUGUGCUCCCUAAUAGAGGGCAGGGCAGCAUCUCAGAGAGAGAGAGUGUGUGUGUGUGUGUGUGCGCGAUGUUUUGUCAGUCCCUGUGUGCCUCCAGUCACGCUCGUUGUCGGGCUGACAGAGCUACAUUGUAAAAGGUGAACAUUUGAUUUGUCGGGACAGGUGGGAGUUUUUCCUCCCCGUAGACUUCCUGCUCGUAUCUUUGUCUACAGCCAGAGGUGGACGGGUUAAUUACAUUUUAUCUUCUUUACUUGAACUCAAAAAGCACUAACUACUCUUACUCUCUGAUGGUUAACAAGGCAUGCGCUCUGGAUGAUUAAGGGUUAAGUCUAAUGUGUCUGUUUAUCAGGAUUUUAUCAAGUGUUUGGACCUCACCAAACUUUUCACAGCACUGUAGAAAAGUUUUCAUCGCUGUAGAUGCCGAAAGUCUUCUCAAUAUGAAGCUGGGUCACAGCAGACAUAGGUGAAUAAAACGUGCUAUGAACAGUAGGGGUGGGAGAAAAAAAUCGAUAGAGCAUAGUAUCGUGAUAUUUUGUCUGGUCGUGUCGUCUCAUUUACCAAGUACCGAUUUUUUAAAUUAAUUGCUAAUAUGAAGUCAAAUCUACGAUAAUGGAAAAAUUAAAAUCAACUGUUUGUCCAGUGAGGUUGGCAGAGGUGACAUCAUAGAGAAGGAGUAAGUUAGUGCAACAAAUAUAUAUAUAUAUAUAUAUAUAUAUAUAUAUAUAUAUAUAUAUAUUUAAGGUUCGCAAGAUGUGCUACAUAAAAAUAAAAUACUGUGUAAAUAAGACAAACAUUCAGAAAAGCAAAAUGCUAAAUUAGCUAAACAGUUGAAAAAGAUAUAUAAAUUGCCACAUUGUAUUGCAAAACCCACUGGAUUGCAAAAUGUUAAAAAUUGCGAUAAUAUUGUAUUGUGGCCCAAGUAUCGUGAUAAUAUCGUAUCAUGGGGCCACCAGUGGUUCCUACCCUUAAUGGACAGGGAUGCAAAACUUCAGGUAGUCUUAAAAAUUGGCUGAAUUAAUUCAUCCUUUAUUGGCUCUCUUACUUUGUAUUAGAGAGCGCAUUAUUUGGAUUGUGUAACAUAACUGUGAGUCAGAUCUAUCACAAACGUGGCCUGAAAUUGAACGAUUAUCUGGUAAUUGAUGACUCAAAUAGUACAUUUAUAUUUGAAAAUAAAAGGUGAACCUUGAAGUGUAGAGUUAAACUACGGGGGGGAAUUUAAAUAGUUCAUAACGGUUAUACAUUUCUGCUGUAUGUUGUAAGACAUUUCUGAUGUUAUAUCCCUUAAUUUUUAUUGUUUUCCUUUUAUUUGCAUGUCCUUGUAAGACUAACUCACAUUCUGAUACUUUUGUUUACAUUGGACUAGAUUUGAAUUGGAGCUCCUCAAACCUGUCCAUGACUCACUUUACCCCCCGAAUUUUCUCAGCAGUCUUACGUUUCUCAGAUUGUUAGAGGGACAGGAAGCAAAGUGGAUUAUGUUUUAUUUGGACUUACGUCUUUGGCUCAUUGCAUACAGCGAAGGACUGAUACCACAGAUGUGAGACGUGCACCAAAAGGUCAUCGCUAAGAUCCGAACCCGCACCGUGCUCAGCACAUAGCAUGGAUCUGGACCCGCUGAUGCAGCAGGGGGUCCCACUCGGCGCAAUAUUAGUGUUUUGUUUACUUUGUAUCCAUGAUCCUGGACCCACAGCUAUUUAUACUGCAGAUUGUGUGUUUGGGCAACCAGGGAGUCCCACUGUAAACGAGAUAGUGGAAGUAAUGUUGUUGAGGGUCUUUUGGCAGAGUCAGACCAAUGUGGGGUUUUUAGACUGAUUCCACUUCAGAGGGGCACUGUGAAGCAUAAUAAUGGACAGCUACUCUGUAUGGAUUUAUAAGACUGAUAUCAAACAAUGAGCGGGGUCUAGACCUGCUCUUGUUCUUUGAAAAGCGUCUUGGGAUGAUGACUAGUGUGAAUUGGCGCUAUAAAAAUACAAUUUGAUUGAUUGAUCGAUUGAUGCCAAUACUUGAUUACCAGCAGUUCAUGAGACUGAUUAUCAGAAUUUAGAAACCAAUAGAUGUAACUGUAAAAAUGAAAAACUUUCACAAUUCAACUUUGCUUGAAUUAUAAAAUGUUUUAUUAAAACUUAACAAAACCAUUGUAGUUUAUAGUUAAACAGUCACCGUUAGCACAGCUGUGUGAUGUUUAGCCAAUCAGAUAAUGAUGUGGGCUGGACAUCAGGUGAGACUAACUGGUGUAUGGAGACAGACAGAAAGAUAGACAUUAAAAGUACCACACUUUUUAAAUUAUUCAGCUUUUAAUUAAAUCAACUUUUAAAGGCUGUUAAAGAUAAUUGGUCAAAUGUCAAGUGUUUGUAAACCCACUUGAUAAUGAAAGACCUGUUAAGCUUUUAUUUAAAAAAGCUCAUGGAAAUGAACAUUUCUUUAAGGUUUUUUUUUUUAUAUUUCAAUUUCCUUGAGAGAACCGUCCCAAAAGGAAUAAUAAAGUUGUAUCUCAUCUCAUCUCAUCUAAUGUAGUCUAAUCUAAUCUAAUCUAAUCUAAUCUAAUCUAACAACAUUCAAACCUUUUACAGAUAUAUUCAUGGCAGUCCCAUAUUGGUACUUUUAUUGGCCAUAGAUAAAUCAGCUAAGCUCUAUAAUCAGUACUUUGCUUAGGUUGGACUUGCUCAAAUAAAGUCACUUAUCAAGUACUGUUCGCAACUGGUUUUAGACAUUUUUAAAACUACACUGAAUUUUUAUUUUUUUUUUAGUCUAUAUUGAUGUGAAUUAUUAUUAUUUUUGCGUGUGUUACUUUUGGCUUUGUUAUAUUCCGACUAUACAGGCCACAUGCAAAGUUGUUAGCUGGGGAUGACAGACUGAGAGUUGUUUAGUUCAGACAAGUUUUUGUUGCGCAGCUCUUUCAUUGAAUUUGCAUGGAGCCCUGAAGUAAACCGGCUCUAAUCCAAGUAGUUCUUGGUAGUUCCCGAUUGCAGAGAGCCAGAAAAGCCAGCUGGCAUUGAUGGCGAGGUUUCUAGUGUAUUUGCGGGUAUUGCCGUUUGCACCCCCGCCCCCAUUUUAAUCGUCACAUUUGCACUCUACUUUCAUAUCAUGAUUUAGGAGGCUUUUUAUUUUUGUAAUUGUAACACGUACACCGACCGCAUCUCCCCCCCGGAGUGUAAAUCCAACCCCCACUCCACUCAACCCCCCCCAGCCCAGCUCCUCCAUCCCUUCAUCUGUUUGGUCGGGUGUGCUGUUUGAAUGUGCAUGUGUUCUGUGUAUUUAUUGAUUGGCUUAGCUCUCAUCUUUCUCUCACUCUCGUUUUAAAUUGGGGGGCCUAACCCCCCCUGUGGCCAGAGCAGGGUCAGGCUGGGGGCUGCGGAGGUUUCUCAGCCCACGGAGAGUUCGGAUGAGGGGGCUUAGAGGGGGAUGACAGCCCCUCAGCGGUGGCUCUUCUGAUCAGACUUGCCAAGUUGCGAGAGGAAAGCCCCUCACUCACUUAGCUCCACUCCUGACUCUUGUUCGGUUCCUUCAGUAUGUCUCACAUCUCGGUGUCUUCAUGUUGGGACGUACAUGUGUCUUUGAGCACAAGUGCUACUGGACGAACUCUGCCCUUUGUUGGGGAGACCAUUUGUUGUGGCCCUACUCUGUCCUGGUAUGUGUGGGUAUUAAGGGGGGGAUGAUGGGUAUUAAGAGGAAGGUGAAGGUUUAGGAUUACACAGCUACAGUUUGAUGUCCCCCUCAACCCCUCAGUGUUAUUUUGGGUUCUUUUGUAUGUUCGCCAGAGAACAGUUGGGUGCAGACGAACAGAUAUAUGAAACAUAGGCAGCUUACACACAUGUGUUAUAAUAGAUUGAUAAAAGCAUCUGUCAUGUGAAGAGGACUUUUAUCCCUAACUCCCUCUGACUGCCUGGAGGAUCUCCAACUAAAAAUUCGACUUUGAGAAAACUGUCUUUUGCAGAGCAGAGAUCAGUCGGUGGAAAAACUCCUCAACAUUUGGCCGGUUGUUGGCGUUAAUUUUUCAGUGCUGGUGUUAACGUUGCUAGCCAACGUCAAAAUAAAUCAAGUGUCUGGAAAUGUGGACUCUAACUAAUAAAACAAAGUUAAUAACAAUCAAAACAAAUCACAAACUGGAAAUAUUCCAACAACAAAAGCAAUCUUAUGGAAAAAGUUGGAUAAAUAAAUCAGAUCAUAGUCGUGCUUUGAAGAAACGGUUAGCUAUUAAAUAAACAAACCAUGCUGAGUAAAGGUUUGAUUCAAAAGACUCAGUCCAGCAGAGGUGGGGGUGUGCAAGGCCAGGUGAAAAGGUCCCGAGCAGUGGGUCCAUUUCUCAUAGCUGUCAAAGUUGCUUAAGCCUGAGUGCAGCUACUGUAAUGAUAGAUAGCAGGAGUGCAAACUCCGUAUAGUGAAAAUAGAUCAGGGUUUCCCCUACAUGCAAUUGAUCAUGGCGCACCGCCGCAGCCAAAUAAAAGCCGCCACACUUUAAAAUGUUUUUUUUUCUUACAUGACUCUACCUCAGAAAGUCAUAUUAGUAUAUAAGGGGGAACAAAGGCAAUGCACCGUGGAGCGCAUGCGCCGAUUAUUAGCAUUAGCGAGUUAUUGUCGGCGAUCACACAACUGAUUAAUGACUCCCUCCCGCUCCCAAAGAUCACACACCAACAUACAUAGAUUCCAAUCCUGAGGGAAUCACUGUAGUUGGUACUUCAUAGGGGGGCACGCUAACGCACUGAUUCAAACUCUGAGUUCUGUUUGUUCCAGAUUAACUAACAGUUACCUUUUAGAUUGAACAUGGUUGAGUGGAGACUAAAGGAGCUGCAGUUUUUGAGCAUCCUUUUAUGGCUGAAGACAUAUUGUAUAUGCGUGUGUGUAUGUGUGUGUGGGUGUGUGUGUCCUUCUAAUCGAGUGAUGUUAACAACAGAGGCCGCUGGAAGCUGCUGAUUGUUGUGGAAUGCAGAUUGGUUCCACCUUUGACCCUUUUGCCAGCAAAUCUGACAACCAUUAGCAGGUGUGUGCGUCUCUGGACGGAGGACGACUCCUGAAAGCCAUUCUGCUGUAAUUGAGUCUCUGUCCUUGUGUUUAAAAACAGCCUGACAGGAGCUCGUAGUUGACAUUAUUGGAUGGCAUGCGGAGUGAAGGAUAGAAGCGGGCUUGGGUAACAGAGCCGAGGGUGUGGAGAGGUCAGAGUUUGGCUUAGGUUAAACCUCUGUGUGUGCAAGGGUGCGUGUGCUUGUAAUGAAGUCUAAGUAAAUAUUGUUGCCCCCGCUGUCCCUCUUUCAGGAUCUGUAUCAUUCCUCUUGUCUCGGGAAUCACAAAUCAUUUCCCAGAAUUGGAAGCAGGAAUACCUGUAGCACCCUAUCUGUAGCACCCUAUCUGUGAUGAGUAAAUACUGUCGCCCCCAUUUCUCUCAUUCAGGCUUUCGACCGCUGCUGCUGUCUGAGAAUCACAGGGGUCAUUUUUACAUUUCCAUGAAUUAGACGUAAGAAUACUUAAGCCUGGAGUGUAUGCGUGUGUGUGUGUGUGUGUGUGUGAUCACAUGUGUGCGCAAAUGUCUGGGGAAAUGACGGCCGCAUGUUUCCAGGCUCCUGUAGUCCGCUUAAAGAGCUGGCUUAACUCCUGAUAGAAGUGGACUUAACAAAUAGUCACAUGGGAGCAGCGCUGCUAUUUUGGCUUCAUUAGCUUGUCUGUGUGAGAUGACAGCGGACAGGACAAGGUUUCAGAAUCCAAACAGCGACUUUACUAACACCUCCUAAUGAGGCCAUGUGAGACCAGGCUAAUGGAAGGGAUUAGAAUUGAUUAUGGAUUGAUUUGACACAUGCUGACUUGAUCAGAGCUGCUGGUAGCAAACGAGAAGAUGGUUCGAGGAUGGUUUCUGAUCAUUUGGCAAGUAGAUGCAACAACUGUUAAGGUCCAUUAAACCUAAUCUGUUUUACCUCGUCUUCUUGGGCACACUGGCUUAUAAGUGGCGCCUGUCACUCCAAAUAUAAGACGAUCUGCUUUGUUCAAAUGUAUUUCAAUGAAAUAAGACACUCUCAUAUUCAGGUCAAGACAGUAUAUCAUGGACAAGGGGUUCCAGAGGCUUAACGGUCCCAUCUUGGACAGGCAGUCCAGGCAGGGACAGAAUGAAGAGCAUCCGACUGCAAAACAAUGAUGGGAAAUCAGCCAAAGUUCGAUAAAGCUGAGGGGAUUCAGAUCGUAAUUCAUAGUCGGGUCAUCCCUUCAGCUCAUAUCUGACUCACUGUAUUAGUAUGAUCUGUGAAAAUAAUGUCAAAAUUGUAUAUGUGAACUGGAAAGAUCUGAUAAUAUCAUCAGGGAUGGGGAACCUGGUUCUAAAAAUCUGCUCCAAUUGGGCCUAUUUAUACUGCUAUUGACCCCUAUGGAUCCCAAUCACUAAAACAUGUAGGGGUGUCCCAAUAUAACUUUUUUUACUUCUAAAAUUAUACCGAUAUUGUAGUCUUGAGUAUUGGCGAAUACCGAUAUGACAAGUUUUGUACUCAGCCGCAACGUCUUUUUCUGGAUGCAAACAAAAAAAUACCAACACACGGCUGACAUCACUCUUACUCCUAGCUUUUUGUUAGUACCUUGGUACACACUUGGUACAUCCUCAGGGUGACAGCAACAAUAAAAUGUGAAACCAAAACUACCUGAAAAAGUCAUUUUUUUUUUUUACGAGGUUUACUUUUAAAUCGCAGCUUUGAGUGAGAUACACAAGAAAAAGUAUUAAACCAAGUAUUGGAACUAUUUCUAUCCAGAAACAAAAAAGUGACGAACUUUUGGGACGGAAACUUCAGCUGAAGACUGUGUGAAACCACGGGUAGCACAACAGCUACUAGCACUAGGAUGAUGUGCUUUUCUCCCGAUUUGAUUCUUCUACGAUUUUUUGGAUGCCGAUUUGAUUUAAACGGCGAUUCUACGAUAUUUUCAGAUUUUCUCGAUGUUCAGUCUGCAUUUUUAACACCAGUGAAACAGUUGAGUGAUUAUGAUUGUCUACAGACUAUUCCAGGAGCCAUAUUUCCCAAAAAAAUACACAUCACAUGUAAGUCAAUUUUUUAGAUUUAUUCUUAAAUUUGAAGGAAAAAAGAUUUUUGAACAUAAAUAUCGAUUUAAAAAUUGUACAACAAAAAUUGCAAUACUUCAGUGAAUCGAUUCUUUUCCUCCACCCUUAACAGCUACCCCAGAGUGACACCAAAACUUUGAGCUCCCCUUGGUGACUGUCCGCGUCACAGGUCUCGAGGGCUGUCCCGAUACAAUUUUUUUUACUUCUGAUACAAUAACAAUAUUGUAGCCUUCGGUAUUGGCCGAUACCGAUAUUGAUCCGAUAUUAGCACAAACUUGUUUAAGACAAGUUUUGCACUCUGAAACUUCUUUUUCGGACUUCAACGAAAAAUUACUGCCAUACGGCCGACACUUUGUUGAUACCUUAGCACAUACUGUUGUUGUGAUCACAUGGCCUCUGCAUGCUGGAUUUGGGUCCUGCUAGAUAGAGGUGAUGGAGCAGAGUCUGGAAUGGACUGCUUGUAACAGAGUACAGGAGAUUUUAGAUGCAGGCCGAUAUAAUCGGAUAUUCGUUUUUUUGCUGAUAUCGGACCAAUAUCUGAUAUCAAUAUCAGAUCGGGACCCUCCCUAAAAUCAUGGGUCUGGAAUGUUGACUCUUUGAAGACUUGGAUUAUCAAGGAGUCUCUAAUAGUGUCGAUACCCCUGCAGGUAUCAGCUCAGUAAAGACCAGACUCACCGUGUAUGUAAUGCACUGGCCUGGCAACAAUUCAAGGAUUUGUGGGUGAUUCCAGUUGACUAUGCCAGAGGUGAAGUGAUACAUCAGGAUGAAUUCCUGCUACAGAUUAAAGAACUGUAUUUUUAAUUGGCCGAGCAGCAGGAGGAUCGUUGACACCGUCGAGUUAUUCUCAGUGAAUGACAGCGUUUGUGAUCUCAGCCGGUUGUAUUAAAUCAGAAACAGCUUUACAACAGAUUGACCCUCCCUGCAGCAGACAUGAGAACACAACUAUGGCAUCUGCCAGGACAGGUGUGUGUGUGUGUGGGAUGUGUGUGUGUGUGUUCUCAACGCUCAUGCAUUCUUGCAUGCAAGUGAAAUCAUUUUGGUGAAAGAAGGAUUUUCACUCUCUGUGGGUGUGUGUGGAGUUGUGUGCACAUGAGCGCUCACACCGGCGCAGAAGCGACUAUAAAUCUUUAAUGCAUCGUUGUGUGUGAGGCCUGUGUGCGUUUGUGUGUGUGUGUGUGUGUGUGCACGUGUUUCUUCUGCCUCCCUCCAGCUCUGACAGUGGUGUGUUCCUCCACAGGUGCUAUUUCAGUCGGCCGACUGUCAUCCCAAAAUGCUUUUCAGCUGAGUGCUUUUCAAAACAAUCGUCACUGGUGCCCCGAGCUCUUUUUACAAGGGCCCUGUGCCGCUCUGCGCUUUAACAUGCUACCUCUGAUCUUCUGAUCAUUAGAGAGGUGGCUGGUUCAUGUGUGUGUGUAUAUUAGAGUGUUUUCACUUCUUGUACUUGUCAUUUUAAUAACUUUAGUGGUUCGUUUUGAGGAGAAACAAAGCUCUGAUAACUCUGUCUGUUAAAAUUAGGGAUGGACGGUAUUGAUUUGUUUUAGCUAGUACAAAUAACUGACAUUUAUAUUCUCGUGAUGUCAUUUUUUAACAUUUUUGUAUUUUUAGACAUGUAGUUUAUGCACAUCUAAGGUUUAACAGCCUGCCAUGCUGUUCCUCCUCCCUUAUACAGUCAUGCUUCUCAAGAAAACAAAAGUUUUUGUGUCAUUUUAAAACUUUUGAAAAAUCUCAUUUUCAUGCCCUCGCCAUUUUCUGUACCGCGGCGCCUCUAAAUAACAGUCUGGCUUAAAACGAAGCAGCUUUUGAGGAUGAAGAGGAAAGGGGCGACGGAUUAGAUUAAAGAUAAAUGACAGUGGUCUCACAGAGAGAUACCUAAAUCCCUAAUGGAUAAGAGCAACAAGUAGCAGAGCAGCAGCUGGGUAAAGGUGGAUAUCACAACAAGGCCAAGCAGCUCAUCAAUUAGCAUGACAUGCCGCUGUAACACGCAGCUGAUGUGAACGGCUUCUGUGCAGGGACACAGGUGCACACGCAAAGACAUGAGACAUACAUAGUUCAAAGUUCUAAAUUUAAAGGCAUGAAUAGAUAUGACAGGAUGGCGUAUCUUCAAGUGUAGAUCUGUCUUGUGCCAUUUUGAAGUAUCAGGGUUGUAAAAAUUAGGCGUACUAAACUGUCCUGUUCGGUUAUACCACCUUUGUUAUUCAUCAUGUUGCUGCAGUUGUCUCCUCUUGGUCACUUGCAGCAGCUCUGAGUGUUACAGUUGACUGUUGCACCACUUAGCCCAACAUCGGCAGGGUCAGCUGCCCCGAAGCCUGUUAACUCCUGUCUCCGGGCAGAUUGUGGGGGGCAUUGUGUUUUUUAGAAAGAGGGAGCACAAAGGGAAAAAUGUCACCUGUACUCUACUAUUAAAGUUUUCAAUAAAAUGCCAACAUCAUAAGUGUACCUUCACACCAAAUAAGGAGGGUCAAACCCAGAUCAGAUAGGACAAAGAGGAGGACAUACCGUAUUUUUCCGUCAAUAAGGCGCACCUGAUUAUACGGCACACUGUGAAUUAACGUGUCUAUGUUCACACAUAAGCCGCACCGGAUCGUAUAAGGCGCAUUACGCAUUGAUUGGUUUAUUGUUGCUAGCGCGUACUCAGGGCCCAGGCUUCCUUGCAUGAAUGCACUUUUAGUUUAGACAUUACAAUCGGGCAGUCUUGUAGACUGCUCAGGGGUCCUGUUAUGGGGCUGAUCAGGUAGUGACACAGCGUACCGUUAUGCUCCGAAUAUCCAUUGAGCGGAGCGGCUUCGUUGCUUACCGAAGUCAUACUAACACAUUUUGAGCGCAUUGUACCACAUAAAAUCGGUCAGUAAGCACAAAAAGUAGUCAUACGUAAAGCAUGCCGGAUUAUAAAAUUUUUGUCAAUUUUUGAGAAAUUUAAGGAUUUUAAGUGCUCCUUAUAGUCCGAAAAAUACGGUACACAAAUCUACAGACAAGCUCUUUGCAAAUGCAAUCAUGUUUUUGUUGAGGACGUGAAGAUUGAAAUCUUAUGCAACUGUUUCCAGUGUUGCCAUGAUGUAAAGAGACUCUGUAGAAGAUAACCAAGUACCUCUCAGUCUUGGGCAAAACCAAAAUAUUAGUGGUGAUGAGGAACUGACAUGAUUCUGAUUGUCAUUGUAGAAGACAAAUAUGAGUUUCUUGGUUCUCUUCAUUACCUCUGCUUUUUCUUGUGGGCCUCAAAGUCAGAAGGCUGGUCCCAUGUGGUUUAGGAAGGAUAGUGAAGCCGACUAAAAACCAUCUUUAUCUGGUUUAAAUUCUGUAAUUUUAAGACUGUUCAUGUUGUAUAUCCCAGAAAACAUCAAAACUUUAAUCUAAACCAUGACUCUAAAGGGAUCCCUUUAAGUUCCUUAUUUGAGACGCCAAAACCGGAUCACAUCCUGCAGACAGAUUAAUAAUUUCAGAUUACAGUCACCUAAACUGACCGAAGAUUUCUUUUUCUGUCACUACAGUUAUCACAUCUACCUGCGGCUCUGCAUAAAGCCCUUUCUAAAUGUGCCUGAUGUGAGCGUAAUCUGAGUCCCCUGUCCAGCUUUUUCAGUUGUUUGGUGGAGUAUGAGCGGCAUGCUCAGUGGUGACUCGUGGACUCAUCAGAGGGGAGACAUACACUCUCUUUUUUAAACCCCCGCCGCCUUAUGUUUGCAUUGGCCCCCUAUAGUGUGUGUUAGAAUGCCCUCACACACUCACACACACACAUUGCAUCAUGGUCAAACGACUUGUCUUUCACAGGGUUCAUUCCUCGUCCCGCUGGAAGUGACAGCAUAUGGAAAACCCGUCUAAAUGAGUCCACACAUCAAUUAUAUCAACACAUUCUCACCUCGCCAGCCUGCCCCUCUCCCCCUUCAAAUCACUUUGCUCUCUCUCUCUCUGUGUCUGUCUUUCCCACAUCUCUCUAUUCAUCACUUCUCUGCCCUUUACUUCUGUCUGUCUGUCUGUCUGUUGUCGGAUCACCUCAGAGUCUGCUCCUGUGUGUCUUCUUCCCCUCGCUUCUCUCCUGCUGUUUCAACACAGUGGAAAGUGUGAGUGGACCCCGGCUAAUAAUAGAGGCUUGAUUGUUUAUAUAAUGAUAUUCAUAAUGACACAGAGCAAUAUUCAACAUUAGGAGAUUUUGGCCCAUUAUUUCUGUAAAGGUUGUUCUCUUUUGAAAUGGUGGAAGCCUUAAUAAGUCAAACUGGAAGGCCUCUGUUGCUUUGCAUCAACAGUAGGGCUGGGCGAUAAAAUGAUAAUGAUAUAUAUCAAAAAUUAAUUUCCUUGAUAUCGAUAUGAAACAUGGUCAAUAUGCUUUUCUUUAGCCGGCAUUCUGCCAUGUUUUGGUAGACUAUAUGAAUGGCCAAUGAAAAGGGGAGUUGCUGCGGGUCCGCACUGCACUGAACCGACCAUUCAGUCCGCCUUGUCUAGCGAAACACCUUACGACAAAACGUCAAAGAGCCAAUCAUGCUACCAAUAAGCACUGUUCAAUUUCAUUUAAGAGUAACAGGUAACAUGUAAGAUUGACAAGUGAUCUUUUUAUAUCCUGAUAUAUCUCAAUAUGGACUGAUAUGAAAAAAAUAUAUCCUGAUAAACUUUUUCCCAUAUCGCCCAGCCCUAGUCGACAGUAAAUCAAUCACAACAUCAUAUCGCUUCUUAUAAAACAAGAAAUUAACACUUGUUAGUUUCCAGUUUGACUCUUGUCUGAGCAUAGAAGAGGUGAGUGAGGAGACCUGUAGGGAUGUCCCGAUCCGAUAUUGAUAUCAGAUAUCGGUCCGAUAUCAGCAAAUAAACAAAUAUCUGAUUAUAUUGCAGUGUGCCUAAAAUCUCUGAUAUCAGUACUCUUAUACAAGCGGUCCAUUCCAGACUCCGCUCCAGCAUCUCUAGCUAGCAGCCCCUCAUCCAGCAUGCAGAGCCCAUGUGAUCACAACAACAGUGUGUACGUAGGUUCUAACAACGUAGCAAGGAGUAGGAGUGAUGUCGGUCAUGUGGCAGUAUUUUUAAAGUCUGAGAAAGACGUUACAACUGAGUGCAAAACUUGUCAUAAACAAGUUUGUGCAAACAUUGGAUCAAUAUCAGUAUCAUAUUGGAAGUAAAAAAAAAGUUAUAUCGAGACACCCCUAGAGACCUGUGCUGAUGCCAGUCACCAGGGGGAGUUUAAAGUUUUGGUGUCACUCUGGUGUAGCUGUUGUGCUGCCCGUGGUUUCAUCCAGUCUUCAGCUGAAGUUUUCGUCACUUUUUUGUUUCUGGAUUGAAAUAGUCCCGAUACUUGGUUUAUACUUUUUCUCAUGUAUCUCACUCAAAACUGUGAUUAAGAAGUAAACCUCAAAAGAAAACGACUGUAGGGAUUUUGCUUUCUCAGGUAGUUUCGGUUUCACAUUUUAUUGUUGCUGUCCCCCUGAAGAUGCAGGAACUUCUCCGUUUGUGUCUUUCUCUCUCUCUAAAGUCACACGAGACUCAUUUUAUCUACAUUGAAGCUCUGUAACACGCUUAAGUGUAAAUGUGCUUCCUCUAAGUCUGCUGUGUUUGCGGUGAGACCUUGACCUUGACUGCGGUGUCUAAUGAAGGAGGCUGUUCUGUAAGAGACUUGAACUCCCCCCGCUGUCCGGCGGUAUGUUGCAGCCCAUAAAGCAUGCUUAAGUCCCACUCUGGUUUCAGGGAGUGGAGCAGCCCCCCCACCACCAACCUCCUCCUCCUCCUUCGCGACCGCAGCCCAACCCCGCCCCUUCCUCACACUCUGAAAUAGCCACGUCCUUGUCCCCACACGGAGCGUAGUGCGAGUCGGGGUGUGUAUAUAUGCAGCCGUGGUUGAUUGAGGAGCAGAUUGCUGGUGACAGGUCACACUGCGUUCCGUCCCUCCGACCCCCCCAGAUUAGCCACCCAAAGCCUCCCUCCCUCUUCUCAAACUCACCCCGCCCUCCCUUCUUUGGGGCCCCCACCUGUUGGGAUCCCUCUGCCGCUCAGAUCUCUCCCUCACACACACACACACACACAAAGUGGACAACCUGCGUUAACAGAAUUCUCUUAUUUGUCCGUCACUCACUCUGCAGGUGACGAAGGCCAUUACGAGUCAUUAAGGUGCGUGUGUGUCGUGCGUGUGCGUUGCCUGGCUUGGGUGUGCGUGGGUUGAAUAGACGCCUGUCACAGCACGCUCUCAUAAUUGCCCUCUUAGCCAAUUAUCCCUCAUUUAAAAGCAAGUCACCUGCUCUGCUCCCGUGUCCACACAAACGAACAUUCACACGCACACACUUACACCGACUCAGUAACAGAGAAACUUAAUUUUUAAUCAUUGUUUGUUCCUGACUGAUAUGUUUGUUUACUUUGCUGAACGGCUGCUUGUGUUGGACUGAUUUCUGUUGUUUGGACCCGUCCCCAUUCAUGUUUUUCUGUCUGUUUUUUUUCCACCAGAUUCUGAUGCACACCAAGGACAUGGUUCAGAAGGUGGGUUGUGAACAAGUGUCUGUUUCUCUGUAUCUAUUUAUUGGAAGGAGAACAAAUCCAGGAUUUCAUCAGACUUUAUUUCACAGUUGGUUCAGUUAUACAAAAUGGAACUUGGAACCAAAAAUACAGUUCUCUCACUACCUGGGUGUAGCUUACUUUUUACAGUGAAACUGAGACUCUGCAGAAAACUGCCCCAUCCGUUUCUGGUGAGAGUCAAUUAGGGCUGGGCGAUUAAACGAAUAUUUACAGAUACCGAAAUUGACAACAAUAACCGACGUAAUUUUGCUCAUGUCAGUAUAUUCAGUGUCAAAAAAAUAAAUAAAAGUUGGUUUUGGAUGGGUGUAGGUAGGCUAUGGUCUCAUGUCCCUUUAAGACGCUGUCCUACGUCUGUAACAAAGAGGGAAAGACAGGUGAGCAGAUGGGGGACGGUUCAGAAGUUGGAGCGGUAGCUAAAGUAGACAAAGUUAAUUGUGCUUGUGGAGUAGUUAUCGUCCAUUUACAGUUAUCGAGGUGAACUGUUCAAUAUAUCGUUAUAUUAAUGUGAGGCCAUAUCGGCUAGCCCUAGAUAAAAUACAUCGCUGCACUUCUUUGUCAUGCUUCUUUCUUACAAAGUGAAACAGAAUUAGAAACCAUUCUGACUUUUCUAGACUUAGUUCUUGUUGCUGUGAUUUUAAUGAGUUUCUCUUUUAGAAAUUGAGAUAAAAAUAUCUUUAAAAGUUGAAUAAAUCUGUUGUUUCGUUUGUUUUCCUGCUCUUACUAAAAGCUUACUUUCUCUUCUCUUACAUUUUCUUGUGUGACUCAGAUGAACCUGGAAGUCAUCUACGGAGACACAGACUCCAUCAUGAUCAACACCAACAGCAGGUCUCUGGAGGAAGUCUUCAAACUGGGCAAUAAGGUUUGGAGUAGAAAGGUUAUGAUUCUUUUCUAUAGGAGUUUAGUUAACUGUUAUUUUUCACUCAGUGCGUCCGUGCUUUUGUCCCUCCUCAGGUUAAGGCAGAAGUGAACAAGCUCUACAAGCUGCUGGAGAUCGACAUCGAUGGUGUGUUUAAGUCACUGCUGCUGCUGAAGAAGAAGAAGUACGCCGCGCUGGUGGUGGAGAACCACAGUGAGGGAAAAUACAGCGUCAAACAGGAGCUGAAAGGAUUGGACAUCGUGAGAAGAGAUUGGUGUGACCUCGCCAAAGAGUGUGGAAAGUACGUUUGAUGAAAAAUGGGAGCGCCAUUCUGAUUUGUUCCCUACGUUGGUGCUCAGAUGUUUUCAUUGGAUUUAAUUACAGAAACUUAAGUCAAAUCAUUCCUCGUCCAAAACUGUUUAUUUUCAGUACUUUUAAAGAAACCUCCUCACCUCUGUUUGUCUAAUCCUGCAGCUACGUGAUUGGUCAAAUCCUGUCAGACCAGAAUCGUGACGUUAUCGUGGAGAACAUCCAGAAACACCUGGUGGAGGUCGGAGAGAAGGUAGCAGGUGGAGCCAUACCGCUCGAACAGUAUGAGAUCCACAAGGUGAGGAUGAUGCUGAGUUUGCAGACUCUCAUGUAUCCAGAACUUUCCAACAUAACAACCUUGACUUUUUUUCUGUUCAGGCUCUGACUAAAGAUCCCCAGGACUAUCCUGAUAAGAAGAGCCUCCCUCACGUCCAUGUGGCUCUAUGGAUCAACACCCAGGGGGGCCGCCGAGUCAAAGCUGGAGAUACAGUCUCUUACAUCAUCUGCAAGGUCAAAAACAAUCAGCCACACUUUAUUACUCAUCAAUUAUUUUUCCAAACACACCUGUUGUAUAAAGUUCAAGCAAACUCGAAUAACUCAAACCUGUUUCUGUUCUCUCCUAGGACGGCUCCCCACUUGCAGCGAGUCAGAGAGCUUAUGCUCUCGAGCAGCUCCAGAAGCAAGAGAACCUCAGCCUGGACACUCAGUACUAUCUCGCCCAGCAGAUCCACCCUGUGGUGUCCAGGAUCUGCGACCCCAUCGAGGGUAUCGACGGCGUGCUCAUAGCCACGUGGUUAGGUAUGUUGUCGGAGAAGGUGUUGAGAUUAAUAACUAGAGAAAAAUACAGAAAUCAAUUAAAAGAACUGUCUAACGAACUUAAAAGUAUUUAAUCAAAAUCCUGCAUUUUGAUCUGAGUUUACAUUGAUUUGCAUAAUAGUCAGGGUUAAGUGGUUCAUUAGGAUGGUAAUUUGCAGUUAAAGGACAUACUCUUUUAUAAAUAAACACCGGCCUUGAGGUAUUUGCGGUGCACAGCGUACUCUGAGUGAUAGCACUAAUCCCUCUUUAUGUAUGUGUUAGCAUUAGUCAUGUUAGUCCUGUUUUAUAGUCUGAUGACAGCUGAGGCUGCCAAACAUAGAAAAGCUGUCACACCUAAUAUCACAACAGACUAAUAAAAGCACAAAAUAGACGUUUCAUUGUUGUCUAAUGGUCGUAAAAUUAAGAGGUCGGGAUAGAGAUUCUUGAAAUACUCUGUCUCUCGCCUGUUUAAACAUUUACUCUCUUACACCUGGAUAAUUCAUAAAAUCAAAAGUUUGUAGAAAGUAUGUGAGAAAGUAUGUUUUUGUUUUUUAAUUCAUGUCAGGUCUGGACCCGGGUCAGUUCAGGGCUCACCAGCAGUACCAGAGAGAGGAGGAGGCCGACGGCACCCUGGGGGCUCCUGUCCAGCUGACCGAUGAGGAGCGCUACAAAGACUGCGAGAGGUUCACCUUCACCUGCCCACAGUGCGGCACUGACAACAUCUACGACAGCGUCUUUGAAGGAGCUGUGAGUAGAUGCACACAACGACGACUAACACAAACACCCUUUAUCUGUGUCCUGCUGCGGGUAUGACUAAAUGCAGUUGCUGUACCUUUGUGUUGCAGAUCUUUACGGUUAACCACAAAACAAACAUUACAGGCAAUAGGGAUGGAUAAGAUGGAUAAGAUUUGCCAUUCUAACGAUAACGAUAAAAGUCUGAUAAAAAAUAUUAUAAUUCCAAUCUAUAUUUUUGACUUAUUUUGUCUGGAGAACACCAGUUGGAGAAGUCAAAUAAGAUACUUAACCACAAGUUUGAGUGGUAGGUUAUGGAGAAAACUAGUGACAUCAAACAAGUCUCAAUCUUGAAGGAAAUCCCUCAUGUGGAGCCUCAUUCAGUGACGAGCUGCUCAGAAACGUCUUCUUCACCUCCUUCGGCCAUGUUUGUUUGUUAUUCUGCUCUGUGUGGGCUAUGGCUGCGAGUCCGUCAACUUGCAUUUAUCGUAUUUACCAUCAAAUGGCAAAUAUUUAUCAUGGAGGAUUUUUCUGACGAUUUAUCGUGAACGAUAAUUUAUCGCCCACCCCUAACAGGCACUAUAACUACAGAUCUGAAGCACUUGCACUUGGGACAGUGAUUUGGUUAAAGUUGCAGAGUCUUAAUUUUAGCACACUUAGAAUUUCUCUGGUAAAAGUCGUCAUUACAUAAGGCAAGGCCAGGCAUCUUUAUUUAUAUAGCGCAUUUCAUACCAAGGCAACUUAAUGUGCUUUACAUAAAAACUUUUUAUUUUUUAUUUUUAAAAGAACAGCAUAAAGACAAAAACAAAAAAACAGUUAAAAGCAGGAGCAAUAGAUAAAGUUUAAGUUUAUUAAAAAGAGCUCAGCUAUAAGUGCAUGAAAAGAGAAAUGUUUUGAACCUGGAUUUAAAAGUGCUCACAGUUGGGGGUUCUGCUGGUAAAACUUCAACUUAAAACAAGUUGCAAGAUUGUUUUUCCCUUUUGGGACCUGCCUCUCUCUCCUGCAUCCACCUCUGUACUCUUCUCACUGCUCACCUGGUGUCUGUGCGUGAACUAAGCUCAAUAUUAAACAUGUCUAAUCCAGACUCACUUUAAAUGCAUUGCAACAACCAAAAACAUCCCCUUAUAUGAAUAAAAACAGACAAAAAAAGAAACUUCUUCCAAACUUCUGCUACAAACUGCUCGGUAGAAACACGUCAUAAAUAAAGCAGAAGAAAACAAGUUGAAUGCCUCACAAAUAUAGCAAGAAAGAGUGAAAUCUUCAUCAGCUGCGAUGUGUGUGAGCCUGAGAGAGGAAGAAUUUCCGUCAAACUUGCUGUGAAGGAUUCAUGCUUUAGUCAUCCUCCAUAUUGUGUCUCUGUCUGUAUUUUUAGACAGCUGCCUGGCUCCAAUACGGACUCUGUUUUCAUUGGCAUAGUUUGGACUCCGCAACUUGAAAAGCCUUCCCUUAACCCCUGCUGCUCUGCAGACACACACUGAUCUCUUACCAUUUGUCAGGCCAAGGUCGAGUGUGUUUGUGUGUGUGUGCGCAUUAUCAGCGUCUAAUGAGGAGUAGGGCGCACAGAUUUUUCUUGUCUAGAAGACGCUAAUAAAACUGACAAGCGUCUGAGAAGAGAGGAUUCACACUGGAUUAAAACAGGCUGAUAACGUUACAUUACAUACCUGCAUGUUUUAUCAGAGGGAAAAGUUAAGACUCGUCUUCUUUUAUGUUUUAACGCCGAGAUUAAUCGAAACUGCGCCCUAAAUUAACCAGGAACCAUCUGAUUACAGGCAUUAAAUUCCUCCACGCGCACACACAUACCCAAACACGCAAACCAGAUAAGACAGGAAGUUAAUUAGGGUGGUGAACAUGGUCUAACAGCUCAGUGAGAGGGGAGGACAGAUGGGCCUUGACUCUGCCACUGACUCUGAGCCAGAGAUGGUAGGAGGAGGCGGUGAUGGAUGAUGGAGGACAGACAGAGGAGGAAAGUUGUUUGAUGGGGGUGAGGGGAGAGGAGAGGAGAGGGGAAUGAAAAGAUCGGACGUGGAGGGAUAAGAAAGCUGGAGCGAGCUGAAGGGAUUUUCCUGUUUUAAUAAAGCGCUGGGUGUCCCACAUCAGGCAGUCAAAUCAACACAGUGUGAAAGCUGCACAUUAUCAGAGCAGAUAUGAAGAACAGAGUCAAGUUCGACACUGAUUUAAUUUUCACACUGCUGUUUUACAGUCUUGUCAGAGGCCUGUUUAAAGUUUGGCAAACGCUGACAGAAGCUUUCAGGAGCGAGGAAAGAUGUGAUUCUUUCUCUCACGAUUCAGGAUACGACUUUAAUUUGUCAUGUUUUUUCAUUUAAUUGCACAGCCAUAACAUGAUAAAUGGGUUAGUGUUCAAGUUCUCUCAGUACAGCUUGUUUGGGAGGAGGACUUCUGUUAUCGAAAUGAAUGGAAUGAAAAGAAACAAGCGAGAUUAAAAAGGAGGAGGGGAGGAGAUAACAUGUGGAACAAAAAAGGGAGGCUGCGUUCAUUCAGAGCAGAAGAGAUGAGGAAGAGGAGAUGUCCUGUUACAUUAACAAACUGACCACCUCAGCUGGCAGUCACAUGAGAUCACCCGCAUUUUAAUCUAAAAUUAUACUCUGCUACGAUGGAAAUAUUCCAGCUUCUGCGCCAUGUGCAGAGGCUGCAGACCUCUUCGCAGUGGUCGUUGGUUUAACCCCUGGCCACCACCCUUCACUGCAUAGCUACAGCUAGGGCUGGACGAUAAAACGAAAAUUUACAGAUACUGAAAUUUGCGACAAUGACCAAUGUCAUUUUGCCCAUGUCAAUAUACUCAGUGUCAAAAAAUAAAUACAAGUUGGUCAUGCUUGUGUGUGCGUAGGGGUGGGAAUCACUAGUGGCCCCAUGAUACGAUAUGAUACGAUAUUAUUGUGAUUUUUAACAUUUUGCAAUACAGUGAGUAUUGCGAUACAAUAUAUUGCAAUUUAUACAAUUUUUCAACUGUUUUGCUAAUUUAGCAUUUGUCAUUCCUUUAUUUUUGUCUUAUAUAUACUGUACUUUAUUUUCAUGGAGCACAUCUUGCAGACUUGUUGCACUAACUUUCUUCUGCUCUAUGAUGUCACCUCUGCCAACCUCACUGAACAAACAGUUGAUUUUAUUUUUGCAUUAUCAUUGAUUUGACUUGAUAUUAGCAAUUAAUUUGAAAAAAUUGGUUCUUGUUAAAUGAGACGAUAGGAUAUACCACCAGACAAAAUAUCGCGAUACUAUGUGGUAUCGAUUUUUUCUCCCACCCUGAGUGCGUGGGUAGGCUAUGGUCUCAUGUCCCUUUUAAGAUGCUGUCCUACAUCGGAGACGUGACUCCACCCCAUCCAGUUCAAAACAAAGAGGGAAAGACAGGUGAGAAGAUGGAGGACGGUUUAAAAGUUGUAAUGGCUGGAGCGGCGAAGUUAAUGUGUAUGGGGUGGAAGAAAAAAUCGAUACAGCAUAGUAUCACAAUAUUUUGUCUGGUGAUACAUCGUAUCGCUUCAUUCACCCAGUAUCAAUAUUUUCAAAUAAAUUGCUAAUAUGAAGUCAAAUCUCUGAUAAUGGAAAUAAAUUAAAUCAUCUGUUUGUCCAGUGAGGUUGGCAGAGUCGAUAUCAUAGAACAGGAGAAAGUUAGUGCAGUGUACAAAAUACAGUGUAAAUAAGACAAACAUAAAGGAAAGACAAAUGCUAAAUUAACUAAACAGUUCAAAAAAUUAUAUAAAUCGCAAUAUAUUGUAUCGCAAUACUCACUGUAUCGCAAAAUGGUCAAAAUCGCAAUAAUAUCGUAUUGUGGAGCCACAGGUGAUUUCCACCCUUAUUAACAUGGGAGGGGGUGAGCAGCUUGUGGAGUAGUUAUCGUCCAUUUAUCGCUAUCGAGGUGAAGUGCUCAAUAUAGCGUGAUAUUGAAUGGCCAUAUCACCCAGCCCUAUCUCCAGACGCUCUCUUCUUCCUGCAUUUAUCAGGAGUUUUCAGCUGACACUCCUUCAAACAUAACUGAGGCAAAUGACACAGCUUUUCCUCCCAUUGUUGCUCUGAUCUCGGCUGCUGAUGGUUUGAGUUACUUUGUAGCUGGUCUGGAGGCAUUUGUAUAACUAGUAUUUAUACCAGAGCAGCAGUAGCAGAGAGGACUGCCUGAGUCAUCAUGGGUUAAUGUGUUUAGCUGCUUAUUAGAGACUUAAAUUGUCUUCAACAUACAAAAAAAUCUUUUUUUUCCCCCCUUUUAAAAGAAACAAUGUAGGCAAACAAAAAAUGGCUGUGUGUGGCUGGGCGGGGGGUGUCACACGUAUGCUUGUGUGCCGUUGACUUCUCUGCAGAAACCCUUUUUUGCGGCUGUCAAUGUGACAGUUAAAUGGAGUUCAGGUUUAAAGGAGUGAGUGUUUAAAGCUGUUAUAUUUAGCGUAAUUGUUAUGUACUGCGGCUACUUUUUUAUUGCAUUAACUGUUAGCCUGGCUGUCAAUGGGACAAUUCAGGGUUGUUGGGGUCACGUUGACCUGUUUUCUUCAGCUACAACACCGUUAAAUUUGACUGGACCCAGGGCUGCUUUUAGCCCUUACACCUUUUUACACUUGUGACAUGUUCUCAAUGGAGGUUUAAAGGUAAUGGCCUAGGUGCUAAUUUACGUUGCUGCUUUUCUGAUUACAGGGUUAAAAAUGCACCAGUAAUGAACUCUGUCUGCACAUAUAUUUUUGCACAUUUGAUUGUAGUGAGUUUAAUGGCAGUAAGUGGAAUAAAUGCUUCCUCCAAGAGCCAUUAAACCCACACACUCCACCAUUUGAAACCCUUAAAAUGUGAUUAAAGCGAGUUUAAUACAGGUACAAUAUUUAUGUUCAACCUUAAAAUGUGAUUAAAGUGAGUUUAAUACAUUUACUACAUAUUUAUGUUGAAAGAAAAAGUGUUCAGAUUCUUUUCAUUGUAAGUGUCUCAUUUCAGAUCAUAUUACGUGUUUCUGUAGGCUGGAUGAAGUCUUGUAAACUCUUUCCCUGCCAUUAAAGAGAUAUUCUGACAAUCAGUGUUUUCGGUAUAAUAUGAUAGGUGGCGCUGUGAUGUGCCUUAAGGAGUAGUUUUGCACUCCUGACUCCAUUGACAAGCUCCACUGGUAACCAAUAGGGGUAUCAUGAUUCCACAAAUCCUCGGUUUGAUUUAAUUAUCGAUUUUAGGAUCACGAUUCGAUUCAAUUCGAUUCGAUUGUCGACUCUUUUUCUUACAGCACAGAGGCCUAUGCUAUUUUAAGACUAGUCUAGUCUACGAUCCUUUGUUUUAUUCAUUGCAUUUUGUACAGCAAAUCUCAUUUUAAAAGAUGGGCUAAAUACAAGUAAUUUCCAUUAUUCUUGUGUAAUGUAUCACAUCAGGCACUUACGGUCAAAUGUAAAUGAUUAAAAAAAUAAUAAUAAUAAUUUAAUCUUGUUUUCAGUGAAGUAAUAACAACAAAAACAAACAAAAUAAAAACAAAAAUGAGAACUCACAGAGGCUCGUGUCGGCUACAAUGUGCGUCAUUUGCUUCCGCUUUGCAUACCUCCCGGAUAUGGAGGGAGGGAACUGUCGAUGCUCUCUUUGAUUUCGAUUAUUGAGACCAUGAUGUAAUUUCGAUCGAGUUCAAUAAAAAAAUGGUAAUCGUGACAUCUCUAGUUACAAGUUGGAGCCAGGUGGAUGUGAGAUUAAAAGAUAACCCCCCGCUUUCGACAGAGAUGCUCCUAACAGUCUAAUGUUGAUCAUGAAUUCACAAAAACAGGUUUUGAAAUCAUCUCGUCAGUGUUAUCAUGUAAAAGAGGAAUAGAUAAUGUAAGAAGCUGAUCAGUUUCCUUCUUGGAAACACAAAAAGAAGAUAUUUUCUCAUUUUUUUCACUAAAAUUCAUUGAUUGUUCUUUAAACCUGUUUUUGAACCGCAGAUAAAAAAGAAUGGAACAAGUGAGAAUAAAAUGAGUUUUUACUUCUGAAAGUGAAAGUGUACUCUUCUGAUGCUUCAAUUAAUAUCAUGUUCAUGGGACAAAACUACUUUGGGAGCUCAAAAGUUCACUAAAUUUUAGUGGUUGAACAAUUACAGUUUUUCAGUGGCUGGUUGGUCAGAUGAUAUAUGAGCAGAUUGGCUUGUAAAUAAUAAAGAUAUCACUGGUUCUUAAUGGUUUAUUAAUUUUUUUGCAUCAGAGAAAAACAAAAUUGAAAGAGACCAAAAAAUAAAAAAAAACGAAGUAACUGAACUUGACAGAAAUUUGAUCAAAUACAUGUGGAUGGGAUCAUAUUUGGCUCUGUAAAAUGUUGCAACAAGGGACUUUUGGUUUUCUUUCCAGCAAUCUGACAUUGCAAAGUCUAAAUUAAAGCACAAGCCAGUGACUGUUUGAGAUUUGAUAUUGGAGCAAAAGUGAAUAGUUAAGAUAUUAUCAGAGACUUUAUGUGUGAGCAUGUUCAUAGUUAUAUAAUAUGAUACAAUUUGCACAUGUUUUCUACCUGCACCAUUUUAAAGCUCAGUAUGGUGACAGAUUCUCAGAGUUCUGUAUGAGGACUAAUGUUGAUCAUGCUCUGUAAAGAGGUAUUAAUAUGUCCUCAUCACAUGUUCUUGUCUUCAGGGAGCAAAGAUCGAGCCCAGCCUGAUGCAAUGCUGCCACAUCCCCUGCAGGAGCUGCCCCCUCGACUGCGUAGUCAACAUCAGCAACAAAUUGCUACUUGACAUUCGUCGCCACAUCAAAAAAUACUACUCUGUAAGUAUUUUCUGUUUUGCUGGUUUGCCGUGACAGAGUGGUUUAGAUAAAUACCACCGAUUCGUUUGGUAAAACUGCUUUGCACGCACUGAAAACACAAGCACUCCAACAUCCGUGCAUUUACUUCUUCCCACCUGCAGGGCCACAAAUGGACUUGAUUUAGUUUCCAUUCAGUGUCUAAUGCUGCACCUUGUAAGAGAAACACAGCUGGACAGCCUCAGAGUUUUACUUAACCCAUUUUUUUCCCUUUUUUCCCCCCUCCCUGUUUUAUUUUUUAAAGCUUCAGUUUAGAUCAACUUACAGACAAUUCUCAAAUGCAGAUUUAUCCAGAACCGUCCUAAUCUUUCACCACAAAAGCUGUGUCAACAAAUCCAUGUGGGACAAAAGUGAAGAGAUGCUGUGACAGACUCUCUCUCUCUCUUCUGCUGUCCUUAGUUAUCUCAUCAGCACUUAUUCAUUAAAGUGGUAACCCUGUGUAGGUGCUGGGCUAACUGUGUAGCCUUGAAAUGAGUGGGACUGUCUGAGUAUCAGAGGCUGCCAACAAACCAGGUACCCAGAGUGAAACUGCCUCCCGUACAGCCUCGCUGCUUCCACCUGGCCAGAUAUGGUCUGUACUAGUGCUGGGCGGUAUGAACAAAAUCUUAUAUCGCGGUAUGAGUAACUAUAUAUCAGAGUAACGGUAUAUGUAUAAUGGUAUGUUUUUUCCCCCUGUAAAUUUACAUUAAUGGCUUAAAAAUAACCUUACCAUUGCGAUUAUUCAUUUUCCUUUUAUUUUUUAAAUCUGAUUUGCUUACAAAUGCAAAUAAAAUGCCAGAUCAGUCUGGCAAUUUCUUUUAUCAUACGGUGUUUCUUUGGCGAAAGACUCUGAAAGCUCUUUAGUAUGAGAGGAGCUGCUGCAGCUUUAGUUUUGGUGCAGCGGGUGCGCCACGCAUCUUUUGACCCUCAUAAUAGAGCUUGACGUGUUUCAUCUUUAGGUGGUGGAAGAGGUUGCUGGUGUUUCCUCCUCCAGCAACAACAGCCACACGAUACUCUUGGCAUAGUACUGCUUUUUGAUCGUUGUCGGAUUUUCUAAAUCUGAAGACUCUCCAUCCAGCCAAUGUCGCGACUUGCGCCCUUUUUCAGAACCAAUCCUCCUCCUCUUCCUUGUGUUGGGUGGGUCGGGCUGCCUCCGUUUGCUCCGUACUGCCACUAAUCUCCGCGUCCGCCAUGACCACCACCAGUGAAGCUGUUUCUUCUUCAUUGAAACUAUGCCAAGCAGUCUGCUGGACGCACUGGUGAAUACAGGGAGUGCACCCAAACCUGACCAAUCAAACGAAGGAAACAAACUCCGCACGACACGCUGGUGAAUAUAUGGAAAUGCACCCAAACGGAUGCGCUCCGGUUUUCCUGUUAGCGAGCGCAGACAACUACGCACUGACUCAGAGAUGCAGCAGACAUCUGCUCUCUCUCUCUGGUAUGAACGGUUUAGCAAAGUUUCUACCGGUGGACACUUUUAUACCGUCAUACCACCCAACACUAGUCUGUACCUGACUGGAGCCCAGCACAGCAGUUUUAGUUUGCAGGUGUUGCUGAAAGCGUGGCCUCUUUACUUGACUUUUUGAGACUGUUUGCAAACUGUUGGAUAAAUGUUAGAAAUAGGAAGAAGAACAGUUGUUCCAGCUUCUGAUGAGCAGCCUGAGAGUUGGAGAGCUGGAGGCCUGCGCUGUCUUCUUGGAGCUCUCUCUAUCCUGGUCUUUUCAAACACCUUGGUCUUCAGUACAUGGAAUGCAGCCGUGUGUGUGUGUGUGUGUGUGUGUGUGUGUGUGUGUGUGUGUGUGUGUGCGUGUGUAUAUGUGUGUGUGUAUGGGUGGGGGGGUGUUACUCUCCCACAGUGCUGAACAGAAAUCAAUUAGUUUUGUGAAUGUGUGGGGAGUGAGUCCCCCUCACCCUCUUUGUCACGAUGUGUGAAACAGCUGCUACCACUGAAUGCUUACACCUCACACACACUCUUAACACACACAAACACACACAGUAGACUGAGCAGCGGUGGACACGGCACACACAGUGAGGCAAUGAAGAGGGGUAAUAUUGUGUAAUUAAGGAUUCCUUUCAGGCCGAGGGAGAGUUCAAACAGAGCUGUUUGUCCGGCCAGAUAGUGUGAAAGCUCUGCACCUCUGUGUGUGUGUGUGAGUGUGUGUGUCAGUGUGUGCACACCAGAAUAUGUGUAUGUGUGUUGGCGUCCUAAGCUAGGACCACAGAGACAUUAAUCAUUAGCGAAAUUACCUCCUGUCCCCCCCACCCUUAUCCCUGCCAUUAUCAAUAAACCACCCUGAGAAUGGGCAAACACUUGUUCACUCCUCUCUCUCUCUCUCUCUCUGUCUCUCUCUCUCUCUCUCUCUCUCUCUCUCUCUCGUCCCGCUGUCUUUGCUAAAAACGAGAGAUUCCCUUGUUUCCUCAACCACCCAAUUCUUCUUUUUUUUUUUUUUAUAAACCCCUCCCAUCAAACCGCGGUUGCCAUGGCAUUUAACAAAUUAUUGCAAUUACCCUCGUCAUGAUGUGGGUCGCCCCUAGAAACGGGCUGAGGGGCAAGAGAAGAAAAGGUGGAGGGAGAGAGAGAGAGGGAGGGGUUGAAUGAAGACCAGAGGAGGUGAUAAUCCUGUUUUGAACAAAAGGUCAAAUUGUUGAAUAGAGAAGCUUUGAUUAAGCGGAGGAGGUACAAAGUGGAACCGUUUGAGCUCUAUUCGGUGUGUGUGUGUAUGUGUGUCUGUGUGUGAGAGAGAGUGAGUGUGUGAAGUAGACGGGUUUUAGGUCUUUUCAAUUUGGGAGUGUUGACUGCUGAAAGGCAACAACAGUUAGGGCUCUCCCCGUUGUGUCUGUGUGUGACAAGUGGAUUCCUCCGGUACAGGAAUCAUGUCAGAGAGGCUUCUCAACUUUAAAAAAAAGAGCGAAAACAAUCAGUCAGUUUAAUCAACAAGUCAAUUAACAGAGUGUGAAUCUGUUUCAAAAUUAAUUUGUUAGACAAAAAUGUGAGAAAGUUCAACACAUCCCCCCCACCUCAAUUGUUUACUUUUAGAGAAGACAUCAUAAACACAAAGUGAAAAUUUAAAGGGAUAUUCCGUCUUAAAAUUAAUUUAGGGUCGAACACACCCUAACACUGAGUUAGACCCCCCCUCGAGAGAUGGAUGUUACCAACCGCUUGCUUCUCUAGUUAUACCAACUUUAGUAACGACCGCAGGAUAGCAAUACACAGUGGCCUGAGGAGCCAUAAACAAACCUCAACCAAAACACCACUCUAUAGCCAAAAAUGAACUGGCUCAACCCACAGGAUCCGGAACGGCUCCGCUCUGCUCUGGACCAGCAGGUGGAUCAGAUCUGCAAACAUACAGUGCCCACCGGAUCCGAUCUGCCGCCGCCAUCAGAGGAGAAGCGCUCGUGAGGAUACUGAUAUUUCUCAUGAGACUGGAUGAGAUCUCACGAGCUCUUGCAUGUUUCCCCGGGAGUCAGAAUAAGAUCCGCUGAUGGGUGUAUAUAAAUGGCAGUGUAUAUAAACACCCACAUCCCACAACCCUGGCCUCUCCUAUUAUCAAGUUAAGAACAGUUUGAUGUAUUGACUUUUUUUAUUUUGAAAUUAACCAGGUAUUUUAAUCUGUAACUGCAUAAAACUUGUAAUUCUCAGAACAGCACCUAACUUCAUCAACAGUACAUAUAGGAUCCCAGCCACAAAACAUCUUUUUAACUUUGCCUAAUUUCUUUAGCAAAGAGACUAAACACAACUCACCCACUCUCUUCCAGCAGCCGCUUGUUUGUAACAAGACCUAGGGCCAGUCCAUUAUGGACUGCUGCGGGGUGAUGCAGCUCAAGGAAGAACAUUAAUGCAAGAGCAUCAAGCUGUCUGAAGCAGCUUGUUGUCAUAUGAUCCAACAGAGGGCGCUCUCAUUGUGACCUGCCCAAUCCACGAACCUCUGACCUUAGUAAACUAAAAUUGAAAUGUUACUGUACAAAGAUGGCGGACAUCGUCAAGCAAAGCUGCACUGAGUGGACAUGUAGCCAAACAUCUGAGAGGCGUGGUGUGAAAGUAUCAUGGGUUAAGGCUCAGUAAAAAGGUCAUCACUGAUAGGAUUGCAAAGUUUGAACGUAUCUGAACAUGGGUACAUCAUGUUGGAUAUUUGCAGGUGGUAGGAGCCGUGUACCAAAACAAUUCACAAACUUGUUAGCAUGAGGCUAUCAGGUCGGCUUGCUGUACUGCAUUAAUACGAUCACAAACCACAUUAUCUAGAUUUGUCAGCCCGACCGUCAGAUAUUAGGCUUAGUGUGGUUCAUGUAUUUGAAAAGUCCAGUUCCAGUCUCUUAUGUUGAUGAACAAGUUCCCUUUUUCCUCGUCACAGAGCUGUGGACGUUUCGCUCUGCUGAGUAACCAAAAAUGAUGUGAAGAGAUUGAAUUUUUUCAAGUGGUAUAUCGACAUGUUUGUGUUUCUGAUGUUAAAUUUAAAAAAAGUUACAGAAGGACCAAUGAACACUUUACACCAGAAUGAGAACAGACUUCAGUUUCAGACUGCAGACUGUAAAAGGGAGUCUUUUGAAGAGAGGAGCGGGUCGGUGAAAAGGGGGCAGACAAAGCAGAGGCAGCAGAUUGUGGUUGGUUUCGUGGUGGGCUCUGUCGUGGCCUGGUCUUGGCUCUGUUUGGCUAAAUUGUGUGGAAUUCAUUUGACUUGCGCAUUCAGUGUGUCAGGUAUCCACUGCUAUAAUUAUACAAUUACGAGCCUUUAUUCACUCAAGUCCUUCUGUACCUCCCACCCCCCAAUCCAUAUUUUGGUCUCCUUUUAUUUUAAGUCCUUUUUUUAUGCAGCUUCUAUGAUUUAGCUUUAUCAGCCCACAGACUGUUGUCACAUGAUUUCCCAUGAUGCUCCACUGUUUGAGUAAUUAGUCCUGGAGUUCGGGUUUGUAGGUAAAGCUGCGAACUCCUGGACUUUCUAAUUGAUUUGGGACGCGAUCGGGCAAACGUGUGUGUUUGCUUUUAAUUAAGAGGGAACUGGUCUUCUAAGAGUGCGUGUGUGUUAUGUGUGUGUGUGUGUGUGUGUGUGUGUGUGUGUGUGUGUGUGUGUGUGUGUGUGUGUGUAUGUGUGUAUCUAUCUGUGUGUAUUUUGGACAUAAGUAUCCUGGUGUGAUCCUCUCCAGAUGUGAUAGAUUACAGGAAAAGUAACCACUAUGAUUUCAAUAUGAAUCCGAAUAUUGAACAGGUGGGUAUGGUAUCUAUGAUUCAAUACAGGCUUGGAUUUGUGGUAUUUAUGUGCGUGCGUGUGUGUGUGUGUGUUUGUGUGCCCACGAGUCCAAGUGCUGUAAUAGGCUUAAAUACUGUAGGUACGUCUAACAUGGCCCAAAAAACUGCUAACAAAAAAGUCAAACAUAUCAGUCAGUGUGAAACUGCAAAAACAGGACUGUUUCUUCAGCUGCUCUGCUGACUUCUACCCCCUUGCAUCCAUUUCAGGUGUUUACAAUUACAGCAUAAAAAUUUUCUGUCACAUUGCGGAGGGUCUCUUUUACAUUUUUGUGUCAUAAAGAGGCAUCGAAUCGAAUUUCAGUCCGUUUUAUACAAAUCAAAAAAAGUCAUCACAGGAGCUUUAAUGAAGUCAGAAAAUGGAUUUAUCCUGUAAAACUAACCUGAGAAUUAAGCGUGUGAAUCACUAGUGGUCCCACGAUAUAUUACCACAAUAUUUUGGCCACGAUGAGAGAUUGCGAUUUUUAACAUUUUGCAAUACAGUAACUGUUACGAUACAAUAUAUUGCGAUUUAUUUAUUUAUUUUUUAACAGUUUCGCUAAUUUAUCAUUUGUCUUUCCUCUAUGUUUGUCUUAUUUACACAGUAUUUAAUUUUCACAUCUUGCAAACCUUAUAUAUAUAUAUUUGUUUCACUAACUUCCUCCUGCUCCAUGAUGUCACCUCUGCCAACCUCACUGGACAAACACUUGAUUUUAUUUUUCCAUUAUCAUAGAUUUGACCUCAUAUUAGCGAUUAAUUUAAAAAAUUGAUACUUAAUAAAUGAGACGAUACAAUAUAUCACCAGACAAAAUAUCACAAUACGAUACUGUAUCUAUUUUUUUUUCUCCCACCCCAUACCGAGAAUGGGAUAAAUACUGUACUGUGGGCUGACAGUAUUGCUGCAUCACUAGUUUCUAGUUAGUUCUGUGCUGCGGUAAAAACAUAGCAGCGAGAUGGUUGUCUGUGCGGAAGAAGCUCCACUCCUUAAUGUACUUAAGAAAAUUUAUUCCAUUUCUUCCAAGUCUGCUCUGCUGAAUGCUGCUGAAUUCUACGUACUGCACCUUUAAUUACCUCUAAGGACACUAUGUAAAGAUGUUCAGUUGAAAAAAGUUCAUUAACAUGUCAUUUUAAUGCCUCCAGGAUAGACAUUUUUGUGUUCAGUCAAAUCUUUAUUGCAUCCAGAAUGAAUCAGCCCGUUCAAUGAAGCCGUUGAAUGUCUUCACGCCGUCUUAGAGAAGGUUUUAGCGAAUCAUCAACUUUGUUAUUGAUGUUUAAGUGUGUCUUUAGAAACCGUUUUACAGGCUGGAGUUCAGCAGACACAGAUGCAGCUCACCAGCCUCACUUUGUUCUCGCUGGUUCUGACUUUGAAAGGUUAUCGAACGUCGCAGAACAUCGGGGGGAAAGGCUGAUAUAUGCUGUAAAGAGAGCUUUAAAGAAAAAUACAAUCUCUGCCGUUUCUUUGGUAGCUGUUGCCGUAAAACUGAUCAGGAGACGAGACAAAGCCGAACACGAAAAUCAAUGAGAGAAACUCCGUCUGUGAGCGAGGGGGAGAGACAGACAGGUGCAGUGGUUUUGAGGGGGCUGAUUUAGAGCGAUUGAAAGGCGGGGUGGAUGGUUAGAAAGAUUGAGGAAAGCAGCAAAAGGCGUUGAUGGUGGUGGGUCUGACGCUCUGUCAUUAGUCGGGCAUUAACCCCCUCCCCUUUAAGCCUCCCUUAGUAAUGACAGGGCAUAAGAAGCAGGGGGGUGGAGGGGUCUGGAAGAAUACGGGGGAGAUUGAGAGGGUUAGACCACCGCACCUGCCCAGGGUCACUACCUCGCCGCAGGGGGUCCUAACUACUGCCGUUUUGGCUGUCCACUGCUCUGCCUGUCUGACAAGUACUCCCAGAGCAGGACCCCCGACACACAGCAGCUGAGGAUACACUCCAAUGUAAAGAGAGACAGCAGGGCGGGAAUUAAGUCAGAUGUAAACCUCUGUUUCUCUUUCCCCUCUUCACCUGCCUCUGACUUCACUUUUUAUUUAUUUUUUAACCACCUCUCUCUCUCUCUCUCUCUUUUUUUUCCUCCUCACUACUUUUCCUGUCACCUCUGUUGUGCAGAAUUAGAGCACCUUAAUGGGAGCGACAAUUUUGAGCAGAAUUUCCUCAUUACAAGAAGUGUUUUUAUUUUCUAUUUUUUUUUAAAGGGCGACUGGAGGCAAGAAAAAUUUUUCGGUCAAUUUUUAAAAACACCUUUGUCAACAAAACAAGCGGCGACACAAACACUUCAACAAGUUAUCACUCUGGAACUUAAAGGCUGAGUUUUCCUUUCAGAUUCUCUGUUCAUUUUUCUGAUGAAAACACUCUGAACAUGUUCGGAUAUUUAGGCUCAAGAUUGGAGAAGUUCUCCAGAAACUGACAUAGAAAUAGUUUGAGUAACAAAAUUAUUGUUUAAAAAAAAACCUAAAUGUUAUUUUGACGGUUGGUGUUUAGUUUCUUUUUUAAAGCUGCAAUAAGGAGUUUUUACCUGGUUAUUGAAAUCCCUUUUGUGCCAUUGAUGAGAUAUUCCAUCAAUCCUGUUUUUAGAAGCUGAGUCGCUCCAAAUAGUCUAAUGCGGAACUACGCAAGUAUGUAAAAGUAUGGAAAAUUAUGGAAGUAAUUUGAUCAAUUUCUAGGUCUUAAAAAGUAUGGUAAAUAAAAAAUAAAGUAUGGAAAAAUGCUUAGUUUUCCAGACUAUUACCACAGUAAAAAAUACUGUUUUCUAAGAUAAAAAAGUAGGUAUUUCCAAAGAUAAUUCCAAAAAGUAGGGUGUGGAAAUUCCAACUGUGUAGGAACCCUGAGAACAUGAGAUAUCAGAAACUCUAAACCCAUCCUCCAAAAGCGUGAGUUUAUUCCCCUUAAUGUCUCGUUUUUCCGAUCCAAAACAUAUAAAAAAGUUCAACUAAAUUCUUGUGUUUCAGAGUCUAAAAGUGAAGAUGGUUUAACUUUGAAAGUUUUAAAGGUUUCAUAUGUGACUUGUUUUGUCGUGUCUCUUGUAGGGCUGGUUGGUGUGUGAAGACCAGGCCUGUCAGAACAGGAUCAGACGUUUGCCGAUCGCCUUCUCCCGCCACGGACCCAUCUGCCCCGCCUGCACCAGAGCGACCCUCAGACCUGAGGUAACACGACAUGAAAACACACGAAAGACUCGGAGUUCCAAACACAGUCAAACACGCAGAGAUUGAGCUGCUCUGAAUCCACUUGGAUGGUUUUUGUACUUCACGACCAGCUGAUGGUGCUGUAGAGCUGACUUCUCCCCUCAUAUAUAUAUGCUGUACAUCUUCACCCACUGGUAUCACAUUUCAACAUACAUGUACAUUCACAAACCGCCAAAGUAACGCAAUCUGUUCCCCCUAAGUGUGUGUUAGUGUGACAGUGUUCAUGCACCCACGCGCUGGCCUGCAUGUGUUUGGACGUCACAACUAGCCGACUGGUAAUCAAACCAUUAGGAGCAUCAGUCUGUCCAGCUCUGCUGAACGCUUUGUUAGCCUGACCACUGGAUUUGAAAGAAACACUCUCCCUUUCAAUUUAAGCGUGACGGUUCAAUCUAUUUCUUUUUUUUUUUUUUUUUCUGUCCUCUCUUUCUCUGUCCCCUUUCUAACCAUUCCUGUCUCAACCCCUAACUCUCUUGUCAAUUUUUUUAUCUGCUCCUAUCUGUCCCCGCUCUCCGGCUGCUUUGCUCUGUCUGACUCUGUGGCGACAGGUUGUAAACCAGAAGGCCAAUUUCUGCUGUCACUGUAGCCACUUAGGGCGGCCGUUGCUGUGCCUGAGGGCCGCGGCACUUUAAACUGCGGGCUGAAUAAAACAUUGAACUCUAGGUGCUCACUCUUGCUCCUUUCUUUCUGUCCUGGAGCCUGCAGUACGUCUUCAUUUUCCCCCGCUCGUCAACCUAUAUAACUCAGACCUACCUAUAUUUCUCUGAUGAAGACUGGCAACAAACCACCUCCAAAUAGACCGGAGGAGUUUAAGAAGGGCUUUACCUUGAACUAUACAACUUACUGUAUAAAAAAAACCAUCUUUUCUGCUCUUCUGAUAAACAUGUAUCUGAUUUAAUUCAGUCAUUCAAUUUAAAAUCAUUAUCUGACCAAUCAAAUCGAUCUUCUUUGUUACUUAUGGUGUUUAAUCAUGCUUAGUCAAGGGUCUCUGUUUACAGCAACACCUCACUGACACCCUCAGACUCCUCCACCGUCAGUAAAUAAACAUGUGCGACUUUUAAAACUGAUAAAAAAUUACACCAGCAAUCCCGCAAGUUUCGUAAAAAUCAGCUUUGAAGGCGCUGAAAAUCAGCUUCAAAGCUUUGAAAUCACGGCAGGAGAGAAUUCAAAUGACUCUUCUUCUCUUGUUCUUGUUUCUGCAUCCCAUCCUCCACAGUGUUUUACUUUCCAGUUCACUUUAGACGUAGAGUUUUUAGCCUUUAUUAGAUAGGACGGUUUUGUGGAGACCGAGGAGCAGAGGGAGUGUGCGGAAAGCCGAGCAGCAACCCCUUUGUCUUGAGAAAUGAAGCCUAUGCAGAAGUGCUAAUAAAAAAAAAAUGCAGUUCCUCCAAAGUGGACUCGGACUAACCCUAACAUCCAAUCAAAACAGCCCAUUUUUAAAGCAAAGGUAAACAUUUACAGCCCCGUACAGAGAAGACGUUUUCAGUCUCGUGAACUCAUCGUACUACAGAAAGAGAGAAUUAUGAGUUUUAAGAUAUUAAAGCUACAAGUUUUGCAUUAGAAGAGCGAGCUGACUUGACUGACAUGUGGGCACAGUGUAGCUAACAGCGAGAAGGCCAAAGGUCAGCCUUGACUAGUAAGUAAGUAAAUUUAAUUUAUAUAGCACUUUUCAUAGAUAAAAUCAUGACGUGUUUUACUACAAGGAUAAAAUGCAAUAAAAUACAGAGAAACACAAUAAAACAGGCACUUCACAGCCCCACACCGUCGACAUCAGUUAACAGCCUGUCUAAAAAGAUCAAUUUUAAGUUCUCUCUUAAAACUUUGAGUAGACUUUAUGCUACGUAAGGUCAAUGGUAGUGUGUCCAAAGGUGAGGGGCACCGGCCUGGAAAGAGCAGUCACCAUCAAGAGUUUGUGGUCUGAUGACCUUCAUGAACGUGAGGGGGAACAGGGUCUCAGUAGCUCAGUGAUCAGCUUGAUCAUGGAGGGCUCUAAAAGCAAGAACUAAAAUCUUCAAAUGAAUCUUAAAAUUAACUGGUAACCAGUGUAGGGAGUGUAAAAUUGGGGUGAUAUGGUCCCUUUUCUUCUACUACUACUAGACACUACUACUAUUAGAGUUAAAUACUUAUUCUAUUACAUUCCUGUGCAUAGUUUUAGUAUAAUUUAUUACAAGUAAAUGAGCAUGAAUUCAUUUUCCCCUGAACAGGUAAACCUGUGUUGUUACAGUAAAAGCAAAAAAAUAGAGUUUGUAAUAUUUCUCAUUAUAUUGAUUUGUUUAACUUCUGAAAUAACUGAUUGAGUACUCGACCACUAAAAAUACUCCAAUACGGCAACCCUAUUGUAAAUAUACAAAUAUGUAGUGAAUUCCAAAGCCUGAAGGUAUGAAGGUAUAUCAAGACCCCAUCCCUUUAGUUGUGAGGGUGUGAGGGACCAUCAAGAGUUUGUGGUCUGAUGACCUUCAUGAACGUGGGGGGGAACAGGGUCUCAGUAGCUCAGUGAUGUAUGAGGAAGCUUGAUCAUGGAGGGCUCUAAAAGCAAGAACUAAAAUCUUCAAAUGAAUCCUAAAAUGAACUGGCAACCAGUGUAGGGAGUUUAAUAUCGGGGUGAUACAGCCUCUUUGCCUCUUGCAAGGUCAAGUGAAUGUUAGGUUGUGUCUGUGUUUCCAAUAUGGCGACCACCGUCGAUUACCUGGUCUGGUGUCAGUCAAUCCUCAAAAGUGAAAUCGAAGCCACUUCAAAUCCUCUUUGUUGAAACAGAAGGUUUAAAAUGUAUUUCUCAAUUAUCGCUCAUGUUUCAUCAAAGCCAACAAGUGCCAAAUAAACCUGACAGUCUGUUUCAGCAGCUGAACUGGUCUGAUAUUUAUCCUAGCACACAGUGGCCUCUUUAAAUACCCUGCUGGCCUGCUCUGGAGCAAGACAAUAAACCCUGAAAUGUUAAAUGUUAUUAAACCAAGCACUCCGCAGAAAAAAGAAGGUUUCCCUACAAAGAAUCAGCUCCGACUUGAUUUAUCACAGUCUAACACUGACUUUCCUCUAUUAGGUAACACAGUUAUUUGAAUCAGAGCCGCGCACGGAAAUUAAUGGCCCAGCAGCUCCCAUAUUAAAUUGCUGCCAAUUAUGCAAAGUACUUGAGGCCAUUCAUGGCUGUUUGAGCUGCCGGUAUAUCCGCUGUCCUAAGACAAACAGGGAAAAAAAUGACAAUAUGUCUGUCUUAGGGGGAAGUUGAGACGCCUGGCGCUAAGUUACCUCGAUGUUUUGAUGCUCUGGUAUCAUCCUGGAUUAUCAGGCUGAUUAAAGCUGAAGCCAGACAGACACACAGACAGACACACAGACAGGCUGGCUGCCUUCUUGAAAGAAGGCACAAAACAAAAUGAGUAAAAGAGCGUCUGGUUUGUGACUCUGCGCUCCCUUUUCUCUCUUGCAUCAUGCUACAUUUAGCAUCUCUGCAGGCGCUGUCUCUCCCCUCUUCUCUUCUUCUCCCUCUCUCCCGCUCUCUCUCUCUCUCUCUCUCUCUUCCUCUCUGGACACAGAUUCAGAGCGUGAUCUGAUCUCCAUGUAAUGGGAGAGUAAUAGGCACUCUGCCUUGAUUGGUUGGUAAUUUGGGGGAGUUAUGCACAGGUGCAAUUUGUAAUAUUUUCAGUAAAUUAAAUUUCUUUCUCUUCCUCUCUCCCUCGCUCUUCAUCUCACCCUCUGUCUCUCCCUCUCUCUUUCUCUCUCUCUCUCCUUCCCUCCAAAGCGCUUAACUCAAAUGGUCUAUUUUUUUCCUCUCAGUGUCUCCAAUCUCUGUCCUGACUUUCCUUUUCUUCCCCCUCCUUUUAUUCGAUGCUUUCUUUCCCCGCUCCUUUCCUUUCAUUUUCUUUCCCUCCCCUCACUCUUUAGCUCCAACACUCAUUCUCUCCUCUCCUCGCCUGCUCUUUCUCUCCUCCUCUCACCCUCCCUCUCUGUCUCUCUCUCUCUCUCUCUCUCUUUUUCUCUCCCCUCAUUUUAUUGAUGUACGCUCAGGCGCCCAUUAGAGCUCCCUUUUUCCCUCUAGUGGAAAUUGCAGCAUGUUAAUUUUCACACAAAUUACGGCAAUAGCAGGUAUCUCUAUUUGAUACAUUAUAGCGGGAGCAAUCAGAGAUAAUUGAGUGCCUUUCAGAGGGAGACGGCUGCAUUCACUGCCGGCUCAAAGCUGCCCCAUUAUCGCCUAAUCGCUCUUUAAACACUGAAUUUUGCCGAACAAAAAUUCUUGUCAUAAUUUUGCUUAAGUGUAUUUGGAAAUCACAGUCCUUUGAGCGAGGAUAAUUGAAAUCAAAUCCCUUUCACUGGAGCUGACAUUUCUACAUUUCCCUCCAAUUGAAAUUAAUUUCAAAAAUUGAGCAUGAAUAUCUUCAAAUAGCAGGCAAUUAUGCCUUUCAAUGGGGAGAAAUUACCGGUGCUGAAUCGUUGGAGGCUUGCGGGCGAGAGCACCAGUUAAAUGCCUUUGUUUCCCGUCGUGUUUGCCUAGUAAAGAUUUACAUAUAUUGACUCAUUAUGGUGUCUUGUGAAGCUGAUCGGCGUGACUACCACAACCGGCAAUAACGCUCAUCGCAUCUAAAAAGCUCAAGAGUUUUAAAGCCUCGUGGCCUCGCCAGCUGAGGGAAAAUGUAUGUUUGUUUCUCUCCGUCUCCCUCCCUUCCCUCGCUCCCUCUCUCCUCCUGCAGCUGUGCGAGAGGCUCGGAUGUUGUAGCUUCAGUAUUUACAGCGCGUGUUUGCAGAGCGGUGGAGCAAAGUGUGUAACGUUAAGGCCUUUUUUUUUUCUGUGCGUGUGUGUGUGUGUCUCUUGCAGGGAUAUUUUCCUCUAAGCUGUAUCCAUAUCAGAGCGUUGAAUGGCGGUUUUCUCGCAAGCUGCGCGCUUUUCCAUAAACUCAGUGUUUUUGUUUUUGUCUCCCCUCACAUGCACAUAGAGAACUAUCGGCUGACUUUGCUACCUUUUCAUUAACUGCUUCACUGGUGUGGCUGAGCGACAGCAUUGUGCGCUAAAGUUCUCUGGAGGUCGGAUCCAUGUGUGCGCGCGCGUGUGUGUGUGUGUGUGCGUGCACCCCCCCCUCUCCAAAAGUGUGUUUUUAAGACUCUUGAGGAAGUCUUGAGUGCUCGUUUUAUUGUGUGAGCCAUUUCAGACUGUUGCUCUGUGAUUUGGAUCAAUUUGUACAAUUUAGCCUCUUUUUCCUAUUUCUCCUUUUUUCUCUUUAUUCUAUACAUCCUGUCUCUAUUCUCAUCUCCUCACACACACGCGCACGCACAUAUGCGCCUCGUCCUGUUGGCUUAACAGCGGUGGUGCAUGUGUGUGUCGGCUGUGGGGUGGGGGCGAGGCAAAGGAGCAAGGGGUACAAGGUGGGGGGGCUGGGGGGUCCUACGCUCCCGGGAGAGAGGCAAUUUCACAGCUGGUUUGCUCCUUAGGCAGUCAGGCUGAAAAUGCUGCAGAUUUGUGGAGCAAAUUGAAAUGGUGUCAGUGCAGGAACAAAGCGCCGAGCUGAAUGACGAGGUAGGCGUGUGUGUGUGUGUGUGUGUGUGUGUGUGUGUGUGUGUGUGUGUGUGUGUGUGUGUGUGUGUGUGUGUGUGUGUGUGUGUGUGUGUGUGUGUGUGUGUGUGUGUGAGAGAGGUGGGAGAGAGGAGAGAGUGAGGUGGGGUUGAGGGGCUCCAAAUUCAAUAACAACCCUGUAACAUUUUAGCCCCGCCUUUCUGACACCUGUCAGUCAAUCAGGGCGCAGCGACUGGCCCGCCUACAAUCAGCGUUACAUUGUUUGAAUGUGUGCGUUGUGCACCUUUUUUUGUGUGUGUGUGUAUGCGUGCGUUUUAUGUUGUAGAGGGGGGAGAAAAGCGUGUGUUGUUUGUGCUGCCCGAGCUUGUUCAACCUUGGCAACGGUAACCGAGGCUCCAUUAUGGGAUGUGCAUGGUUUGGUUGUUGACUAGGCAGUGCAUCAACGGUCAACAGCUGUGAGUGCCAUGUGGGCAGCCAUAGAAAGCCAUUAAACACGUAUACACACACACACACACAGACACACACACACAGAUUCUCACGUCACAUAGUUUGCAUUUAGCUGCAUUAGAUACUCUCGCCACUUGAUUAUGCCACAGCAGUAAAAACUGAAAUUACAAUUACGCACAUUGCGAUUGGCAGGUAUAAUGGGCGUGCGCACACUCCCGGCACACACGCACACACAGACAGCGGCACACAGGAGUUGUCAGGGGAUUCUUCCUGGUGGUAAUAAUAAAGCACUCGGCGCACACCUGAUGGCAGUGUGGGGUCGGGGCUUAGCGUGCCCUCUCCAGCGUAGCGGGGAAAUGACGAGCCAAUAACUGCAAUUAAACAUGCAGUAUAAUGGCUAAUCAAAUUGACAGCCUCGGCUGUUCGCAUGCCUCUCUCACAAUGCCUUAUCACAACAAACUAUUAUGAGGGAGGGUAUUUCAGGCCUGAUCCCUUCUUUUCUUUCCUUCUCUCUGCCUUGCCGUCUCUAAUUCUCUCUAUCUCCCUCUUCUUUUUGUGUCUUUACCCUUCCUCUGUCUUUCUUUUCUCUCUUUCCCUCCUACCUCUCUGUCUUGCUCAUCCCCUCCGUCUCUCUCUCUCUCUCCCUCUCUCUGGCAGGCUGUCGUGUGGCUCCAGUUAAUUGCAGUGGAGAUUAACAAAGCAAGCAAAUUUGUUUUCUUGCUUUACCGUGUCACACAGAGGAAGGAGAUGUUUUCUGGUACAGUUGCGUAUGAGUCACGUUCAGUCUGCCUGUUUCUCAGACUGGUAAAGAAGUUCAUUACUCGCUUCUGAAAGUCCUCAUUGCUCUGUGAUGAGCCCUUUACCCCGAUAGACUAAUAAUAGAUUGAACUGAGAGCGCUCACAUACACACAGAGUUGAUUUUUUUAUAACUGUGAUCAACAAGUGGUGACAAACUGUGUUUCUGUUGAACUGAGUGACAGCAUAUUUGAAAAGAAAAAGUAUUAAUCACAGUGUUUGGGCAUUUCAGGAUGCAAUUACAGAUUGUUUUCCUCAGCUGUUAGGCCAUUAACUGUCUAUGAAAUAUCAAACAAAAGCCUAUUAGAGCUUCCAAAGGUCCCACUAAAAAGUCUGAGACCCAAUGGUUUCUAUUAGCUAUCAUACAAGGAGGAAAUAUGCAUUAAAGGGCCGCACUGAUGUUUACCCACCCAAUGUAAAACUGCAACAUUUACAGUCAGACUGAAACUCAUAUUUAUGUCUUUUUAUGAAACACAAAAGCAGUCAAGACCACAGUAUAUUAAAUAUACCGCAUAUACAAAAGGUUUUAUUCAAACUUUACUGAAAAAAGUUGCAUUAUAAACAAGAAAUGAUUUUACAUAAUAGAAAUCAGCGCCAGUAGUUUUUCAAUAUACCAUUAAGUAGUGACCAGAUAUUUUUACUGAUGGGGUGUAACCAGUCUGUGUCGCUGAAGGUGAUACUAAAAUUGUGACACACAUCUAAUCUGGCUGAUAAUAGCUGAAAGACAUCACUACCGUAUUAAGCAUUCACUAAGUAAAUACAAUAUUGUGUAAAGUACAGACUGUUUUCCUCAGUUGUUGGGCCAUUAACUGUCUAUGAAAUAUCAAACAAAAGCCUAUUAGAGCUUCCAAAGGUCCCACUAAAAAGUCCGAGACCCAAUGGUUUCUAUAAACUAUCGUACAAGGAGGAAAAAUGCAUUGUCUUUUUAUGAAACACAAAAGCAAGCAAAACCAUCAGCGACAAGAUUGGCAAUUAUAAUUGUGUAAAAAACGUCAGAAGAAUGAGAUCUUUUCAUCAGAGGACACUGUAAAGGACAAGAUGAGGAAAGACUCCUUGGUUCACUGUACUCUUGGGUUUUCAUCUGACCACGAUAUGUUACUUUAGGAAUGAUGGUUGACUUUUGGGGUCUAGUAAUGUCUUCAUUUCAGCCGAGACUCUAUUUACCCAUGCCCUACAUUGUCUAAAGCCCAAUCAGUAACUUUAGAGGUAACCAUUCGCAUCACAAACAUCAAUAUUGGUUCAUUUCCGUCUCUAGUGAGCCUUCCUUUGACUCUGCAUUGGUCUCAUUAUGUUUGCCCCGUUGUUUUAAUCUGCUUUGUUCUGUUUGUGUUUCCUCUCCAGUACUCCGAGAAGGCCCUGUACAACCAGCUCUGCUUCUACAGGUUCAUCUUCGACUGGGACCACGCGUUUGCCAAAGUCCUGCAGCCUGACGAGAGAAGUAAGACACACACACGCACGGGAAAACACACAUGCGUGUCGCUAUAGUAUAAAGUCUUGUACCUAACUUUCAAAAGUCCUUUUUCUGUUUGCUGCAGGAUGCUUUUAUAAAGUUUUGCACAAACAGAAACCAGGGCCUGCUUUUUAAAUUUCAUCAUAUUUUAUUCUUUUUUUUUUCUUUUUUUUUUUUCUUGCUGCUCUCAUUAUUCUGCAGCGCCGCCUUUUGCAACAGAAAUCAAGUUACCGGAAACGGCUUCUGAAGUUUGAAUUUUGAUGUCCUGACAAUGCUUCCAUAAAUACACAAACACAACAUAGCAUUAGCAAUCAAUGGCUCAACGUAAACCUUUUACCCAGACUGCACUUACAAUAUUCACCAAUGACGCCACACGCGCGCGCAGACACACAUGCGGCAGAGUAUGGGCAUUGGAUGCUGGGAGGGGGGGUUAAGGACAUUCAGCUCCUCGAGUCGACAGCCCUAAUUUAGGAGACGGAUUCAAUCACACACACAUACAGAAUGCAAAACGCUCCAAUCACUGGAAGAAAGAAGGAAAGAGCCCUCGAUCGCUUUCCCUCUACCCCAACCCUCACUGUCCAUCUCUACCUCUUUCUCUCCUUUGCUCUCUCGCCCCUUCCUCUCUCUCUCUCUCCCUCUCUUGGACAGGCACUCGUUUGGCUGUGUUGAUUGAAAACAGGUUUUAGAUUUGGGGAAAUGAUAGGGGGAGUAAUGGGCGCGCUGACGAAAGGAUAGCCCUUCUCCUAUAAUGGGACAUGGAGCGUAUAUUUCCCCCCUUGGACUCAAAUAGACGCUACUCCAGCGCUCUGGGCGCGCUCAGUAGGCGUCAGCCACAAGGCCUCUUUACCCAUAGUUCUCCCUGAUUGAUGUCACUUGAUUAGAAAGGGCCGCCAGGCCGAGUGAUUUAUUUAUUUGAUUAAAUAUUUAUGUGUGUACGUUAUUUAUGUAUGUAUGUCUGGGAGUGUGUGUGCCAGCCAGGACCUGAGCGAGACAGCCAAAGAGUGAGACAGCAGAGGUAAAUAUAACGUGUAAUCAACAGAUGACCACUCAGAAGAUGGAGGGAGCUCAAAUAGAGGGAUUGGACCGGUGUAGAGGAGGGGGGAGGAAGAGAAGGAGUACUAACAUGAUUAUAGCCUCCAUUUUUGCUUUCUUGUAUUUCUGUCCUUGCCCAGAUGCAAGAAAUCAUCGCCAAUCAAUUCUCAACCCUCCGCCUUUCUUUAUGUUCCUGUGCUGUGCUGUUUUUUUUAUCUGCACUUGGCUUUCUCUUCCUGAGUCUUGUUUUGUACUCAACAAUACAAAACAUACUUUACCUGAUAAGAAAGUGUUUGAAAUGCAUCCUUACAGUUUACCGUGUAUAGAGAGGGCACGUUGUACAGUAUACAAUAUAUGCCACACGCUCCGAAAGCAGCUCAGUGUUUUGCCUGGUGGUAACUGAAAGCAGUUUUGUUGGCCAAUGGCACCAGGUCUCUUUCCUUUUUUUUUCCACCAGAAACCUGACAUUUUGCAAGUGCUGUCUGUCAACUUCAAAACCAGACACGGUUUGAGUGCUUAGAGCUAACCUGUAGGAUCUUGUAGACCAGAAUUCUACAAUAUUUGUGACAUAGUAUACCAGGGUCACUUAGCUGUGUGAUCAGAUAGGGAUUCUGAAUUCUCCUGUGGCCUUACAAAAGCACAUUUUCCUAUCAGAUUGUAUAGCAGCCCUACUCAGAGUAUAUGGGAAAAAAACACCCAAAUUGUCGGCUUUAAACACAAACACUAUUAAGUCUACUGUAUAUUUACUUACUUAUAGCUGCAUCUAUCAGUCACGCAUUAAAUACACUUCUCAAUCCUGUGCACUGCCAGUCCAUCAAACCGUCUUUUCAAAGUUUUCUUUUUAAAGUUACUAAUUUCCAAAUAAGGAUAUCUGAACCAGGGGUGGACCCAGACUGCUGGUUAGGGGUGGCAUUGCCCGUCCUCUGAUUGGCCACCCUGUGUGCCAAAUCCUCUAAAACUAAUGGCUGUUUUUCUUAUCAGAUGUAGAGCUUACUUAAAACAUCUGCUGUUUUGAUUGUGUUUCAACAGGCUAAUUAAAACUUUCUUUGCGUUUAAAUUUGGGAUAUUUCUUUCUGUUGGUACUUUGAAAUGUGAAUUUUGGCGUAAAUCCUUUUAAGUCCUUAUAAGAGUUCAGAUAAGAAAUUUCACAUUUUGCUUUUUAAUUUGUAAACUGAAACUAAAAACGAUUAAUAGAUCUGCUCACUUUUGUGCUAAAUUCUCCGCACAGGAAAGCACGGCAGCCCCAAGCAUGUUAUCUGCAGGAAUUAUCUUAGCUGGAGCUGGCUAAUGCUAUGCAGAAAUUGUAGAUUAGAUGCAAAAGUAUGAAACCAGACUAAAGUCGAUGCCCCAGUGACUAAAGUCUGGAUCUGCUUCUCACAAAUAACGCAAAAGAUGCUGCUGCAGUUUAAUUAUCCACCCAGCAGGUUAUGGCAGAUCAGUAUGGAUCUGCAUAUGUGUUGUUGAUAAAGGUUAUUACAAUAAAAUAUACUUAAUCUUGUCUGGCAGCGCUUUCAAAUGAGCACUUACACAAAAUUAUUAAUAUCCCACUCUCUCAUUCUCUCUCACACACACACACACACACACACACACACACACACACACACACACACACACACACACACAUGCAUGCCAUUGGUUUCCUCACAUGGAGGAGGAUGCAUGUAUACACACUACCAUGCUGCGAUAAAGUGUAGGUUUAAGGUGUUAGCCCUCUGUCCCGGGGCAGUAAUACCCCAUAUUACUGCAUUACACACCCAGGGGCCGCACAACUCAGAUUACAGGGAGGAGACAUACAGUCCUAUACACUCUACUCCACUCUGUUGUGUCUAUUUGUGUGAUAAGUGUUUUUUCUUCCCUGUGGGAGUGUGAGCAUGAGUACCUAUACAGAUUUAAGAGUGCAGUUUGGGUGUGUAUGCUGUCUCAUCUUCACGCUGCUGUGCGUUACAUUGUACUAGACAUAAUAGAUUGAUCAUCUACUACAGAGCUGGUUAGACAUGCCAGUGAAUUAGAGAGGAAUAUGGAACCAUGUCCUGCUUUAUUAGUCUGCUCAGAUUGAAUUUUGGUGAUUAUGGUUAUAGUACAGAAAUUUUAGCAGAGUAUUUCCUUGCAAACCAAUCAGAAUACACAAGUGAAUACAGUCUGGGAGAAAAAAAUCGAUAAAGCUUAGUAUCGCGAUAUUUUGUCUGGCUAUAUAUCGUAUUGUCUUAUUUACCAAGUAUUGAUAUUUUUCAGAUUAAUUGCUAAAAUAAAGUCAAAUCUAUGAUAAUGAAAAAAUAAAAUCAACUGUUUGUCCAGUGAGGUUGGCAGAGGUGACAUCAUAGAGCAGGAGGAAGUUAGUACAACAAAUAUAUAUAUAUAUAAGAUUUGUAAGAUGUGCUACAUGAAAAUAAAAAACUGUGUAAAUAAGACAAACAUAAAGGAAAGCCAAAUGCUUAAUUAGCAAAACAGUUCAAAAUAAUUGUACAAAUUGCAAAAUAUGGUAUUGCAAUACUCACUGUAUUGCAAAAUGUUAAUAUUAUUGUUUCGUGGCCCAAGUAUCGUGAUAAUAUUGUAUCAUGGGGCCACUAGUGAUUCUCUCCCCUACUGUUAGAUAUAAUCCUCUGUGCCAUAGACCUCAGUUAUUAUGCAUUAAAACAAUGUUUUGCAUAAUGUUUUGACAUUAAAUCAAAGAUGAAAAUCCACAGUCUCUGAACCUGAAGAAAAAAUGUAGAUGCUUUCUGGCCCAACAUCACACCCCUCGCAAAAAUGGAUGCUUCCUACAAAAACGAUUACCACAAAAUUUAGAAUAUAAAACGCACUGAUACAAAAGACACGAUCUGUGUUUCUGCUUGUGUUCAACAAUGUGCAGUUUUCAUGCAGAGGUGUAGCUCUUUCUGGUGCCACCUGUUCUCACAAUCCUCUAUAGUUGUGGAGCUUAGCUGACAGCAGUGUUGAUGGGCACUGAUGGACCAGCUCCCUUAUUCCCCUCAGUCCCCCUAUUCCCCCUCAGUCCUUUUCAAUUCAACCAGCAGUCUUUUCUUUUAAUACAUGAUAGUAAUCCCAUGAGGGAGGAAAACCUUAUAAAGCGGAGCAGUAAGACUGGUCCACCUCGCCUCAUUCUCAGCAUGGUUUCUACACUGAUGUUCCCGUUUGCCUCUCCAAGUCUUGUGGGUGAAAUACCAGCACUCAAUGGAAAACCUCCCUCUGCAUACCAUACUGAUUUAUUGGUUGCACUGGUGUACAGGGCACCACUCACUUUUUAGAUGACAAAAUUUAAGUGCAACCUAAACUCUGAAUUUUAUUUAUUUAUUCUUUUAAGUUUGCAAAUGUUUUAAGUUUUUUAUGCACCUUUUUAUAAUUUUUACUUUUUUUUUUAAUAAAACUUAGAAGAAGCCAUGUUAACAUUAGUGUUGAUACAAUCAUUUUGCUAGAAGUUAGAGAGCUUUGAACAGAACCCACACUAUGUUGGUUUGACCAACAAUAAAAUAAAAUAAAACAAAAUGAAAAACCUCACAGAACCUUUAAAGCCGUGUUUUCUAGAUUUAUCUGACCAGGCUGUUUAAAAAAUCUAAAUGCAUGUGUUUCUAUGUGUGCUGAAUAUGCACAAAACACACAAUAAAGUAAAAUAGCCUUACAUAAAAGAGCUCUGACUGGAGCCUGAAUGUAAUUUGAUCAUCUUGAAUGUGUCACUACGAUUGUGUGUGUGUGUGUGUCUAAGUGUGUGCGUGCGUGCACGCAGAUUUGCAAGUACACCCCUGUCUUAUCUACAUGUACAUUGCAUUUUUGUGCCUGAUUGCUGCGACUGAGUAAAACAUGGAGGUAAUUUCAUCCGCUGCAGGAGAUCUCUAAUAGAUUAUUCACACACACACACAGAUACACACACAUACACACACACACACUAUGAAAAAAACAUGCUGUCCGUUCCUUAGCCGGGAACAUCCCGUAUCAAUGACUUUCAAAUCAUUUCAUGUCACUUUUCUUCUCUCCAUCUUCCCUGCUCUCCUUCAUCCCCCCUCCUUCCUUCUCUCUAUCUGUUGCCUCCCCACCCCUCCAUCUCUCCUCCCCUCCAGGUCUCAAUCUGGAGUGUGGGCAGCAUGAUUGCGUGUGUGAGCAAUAAUGUAAUUUCGCCGCAUUGAUAAAAUAUAAAUUGUCCUUGAGCUGCGCUUUUCUAAUGAUCCAUUUACCGACAGCUUCCCUGCCACCUCUGAGCACUCUGCGUUCGCUCCUCUUCUCCCCUCCCACUCCUCUUCCUCUCUCUCUCUCUCUUCUCUUUUUUUUUCUCCUCUGCAUUUUCUUCCCUCUCUCUCUUACUCUCUCUUUUCUUCCUCCACUCUCCCCUCCCUUUCUCCGGUGAUACAAAGCGGGGUGGCAAAAAUCCGCGGGUGCGAUUGUCAAAUCAAUUAUUCAUUCUGUGCAAUUACACUCACACAAAGAAGUUUCCCUGUGCUCCGAGUGGUGAUUAAAUUAACUGCUAUUCCAGCUGCCCGUCGCCACCAGCCUAAUAGAAUAUUCAUGGAGGCGGCCGACGGAAUGGCCGAUCUCCAUUAACUUCAUCAUGCUCACUUAAUUACAGGCUUGUUAUUGUAUUUACACCUAGUUAGAGCGUGCAGAGCCCCGAUCUACUCGUGCCCGGCACCGCCAGAGUGUGCGCAAGUGUGUGACAACACCUAGUUAGAGAAGAGAUAACCCCUGAUACACUCGGUGUGAAAGUGUGAGUCCAUGUGUGUGUGUGUGUGUGUGUGUGAGUGUGAGGAAGGUAAAGAUGAUGUCGAGCAGGUGAAGUCUCCAGGAUCUAAAGCUUUCCAUACAUGCAUGAUUUUUCUUUCCUUUUCUUCCACUUGUUCCCUUUUUCUUUUCUCGCUCCCUUUCCUUAAGCCUUCCCAGCAGCCCCUUCUCUCCUCCCCGCCUCACAUUCGCUCUUUAAGGGAGGCUAUUUAUUUGAACUACACUCCCCACUGUGCUCCGACUUGCAGCGAGGUCUCUCCCUCUUUCUCUCCCCCCCCCUCCUCUCCGUGACUCUUAAAUCAUUCUUUUAUCUGUUCGCCACACAGUGAUUGAGCUGGAAAAGAGAAAGGGAGUGAGGAAGGAGGGAUUGAGAGGAGAUAGGGGAGGAGGAGGUGGGGGGAGAAUUAUUUUCUCCUACCUUUCAGAAAUGAUGACAUGAUUGCUUUCGCUUGAUCAUGCAUCAUCACCCUCCCUUCUAUUCCCCCAAUAAAUAGACUAGUUUCUCUCUCCCUGCCUCUCCUCACCCCUUUUCUCCCUCCGUCCCUGUCCUCCCGUACGUGGGGAUUAUCUGCUAAUAGGUGCUGCUGGCUUUUAAAGUCAACCACACCAUCCACUGUGUGUGUGUGUGUGUGUCUGUGUGUGUAUUUGAUUACUGACACAGGGAUGCUUUUUAGUCGCCAUGACUCUGAGUUAGUGCGCUUUUUAAGUGUUUAACUACCAUCAAUUGUCUGCGUGCACGUUCUUUUAGUGUGUUUGUGUGUGUGUGUGCAUGCACUGUGGAUCUCUGUGUAUCUAACCUUUGUUCCUUUGGGCAGUCAGUGGGCUGGUAUUUAUCCAGCAGCCACUAAUGCAGCGAGCAGGAAGGACAAUAGAGGAGAUAUGGUUGUGGAGAUGCAGACAUGACGGUCGACCAUAUGGACCGUGUGUGUGUGUGCGUGCACAUGUACAUGUACAUGAGUGUGUGUCAUUUACAAGCUGGUCCCUCUUAUUUAUCAUAAUUUAAUCGAUUUAUUUGUAGCCAAAAACUAUUCUUACUCUAACCAUUUAUAUCCCGUUUCUGUGCAAAUUGAUCAAAAACAAAGACGAGGAACAUUUGCUAAUUGUUAAUCUGCUUUUUCUCUUUUUGAUAUUAUUGUAAAUUGAAUAUCUUUUGGCUUCCGCGCAGUUCUCACAACCUCGCGAAAAGCAGAUGGAUUGGCUGAAUUCCAUAUCUCUCAUUAGGCAGAUCUGUCUUGCUGAGCCCGAUUAGAGAAUGAUCCAACCAAUCAAUAUCAUUUGAGGAGAAAGAGUCGGCAGCUACAGGCGUGUUUUCGUUAGAUGUGGCGAGGCUGUAAACUGUGACAGCCCAUGAUUAGCCUGAUAGCAGCUAUAGUGGCGGUUUUAUCAGAAACUGGUAAAGUACGCUCUCAGAGGCGUGAUUUCUUAGGACUGAAAUAAAGUUGAAGCCAACAGGUAACAUAUCAUACCUACUGCUGCUCUGAUUGGCUCAGACUGAAUGUGUGAUGGACAGAUUUUUAUCCAAUCACCUUCUGAGGUUUUUUAGUUUGUUUUGAAAGGUUCUGCCCUCCUCAAACGCCGUCUCUCGGAUGCUGCAGGGCUGGAUGUGAAAACUAUCCUAUGGCAUGUCAGGUUAACAAUCUCUGUUGUCAGUCCUCAUCUGUUGACGCUGUGCAGUAGAUAUACCGCUGGGAAUAUAUGUCAACUUAAAGCAAGCAGUCAGCUUCAUACCACAUCCAGACAAGACUUUCUUUCCAUGCAUCCGAAUUUGCUCUAUUAUUUGUCUGUGUUGUGUCUGUUCUUCUGCUGCAAGUAGGUCUCAGUUUCACUGUAAAUGGUGAGUUUUCCAGAUCUUACUCUUUGACUUGCUUCAGCUACUGUAUCCAUGACAAAAGAAACAGUUUUCAUGCAUUUAACUCAUAAUUAUGGCUGAAAAUUUGGCGAAUUAGAGACAACCAUACUGUCCAUUUGAUUGUUCCGCGAGCCAGGACUGAACUGGACAAAAAAAGUGUUCAGUUUUGCUGCCAUUUUAGCGUGGAAUACUCUCCAGACUGACCUGAAAUUGUCAGAAUUAAUUUGGCUGGAAGCAUUUCGUUUAAUCUUACAUGACAGACUUUGGGAGACCAUGGAACAGUGCCUGUGUUUUUAAUUAUGUUUCUGGAGGUCAUUUCUUCUUCUUUAUCAUUUUUAUUACUAUAGUGACGUGAGCUGCUGACCUCUUGGCCAGGACACCAUUUUAAAAAAGAUCUCGAUCUCAGUGGGUUUUCUUACCUGGUUAAAUAAAGGUUAAAAAAACAGCUGACUUCACUGACAGGCUAUUUGCGAGGAAGCUAAAGACUCACGUCUGUUUGGUUGACCAAAAUUGAAGUUGAGUCAGCAUUACCAAUAUGCCGACCUCUGGCCUCAAAACUCUGCUUCAGAAACAAACAGGUGAGGUCACAGACACUGCAUCCAGCUAUCAUCCAGUCUUAGCAUCUUAAACCUGAUUUUGCAAUUAAUGUGACAGAUGAUUGGUCAGUAUUACAAACAGUUACCCGAACUCUACAUGUACUAAAAAUCCAGACCCUCAGAGUACAGAGUGUUUAUGAUUAGUUAGUCAUCAUUAAAGUAGGAGUAUCAGCUCUUAAUGAGAGUUUACAGUAUUUUAUUGAGCUUGUAGAUUUGCUUCAAUCGUUAUUAUUGUCUGUUUUUGCUUUUGACAUCGUUGAACUUCAGCAGGAACACUGCAGCUAUAAAUGAAUGAAACCCUCGUGUAAAUCAAGAUGUGUGGUCCUUGAACUUUAGCUCACUGGUAAAUAAUACUCUGUUUACGUCAACAGAACCUGGAGCAAAAUCCUGUGAUUUGUUCAUAUCCCCCUUUAACCUCAUUGAAGUUGUUUUUUAUGAUUGCACCUCGUUUUCUGUUUGUGUCAAUGUGUGUACUGCUGCUCUUUAAGGGUCUGUUUACUAUGUAUCCUGUUGUUUACCCGCAUGAUUUUCUCCUGAUGAAGGUCUAUGAGUAAUAUGUUGUAAAUCAAAACAGUCAGAAACAUUUAAUUCCUGAUAAAUGUGCGCGCGGCUGCAUCAGCGCUGCAGAAAAACAUCGACUGCAGGUGAAUCCAAACUUUGUCUCAUUUUCUCACUUCUUCACCCAAAGACCUCUCAUCCAGUCAUCACACUAUUAUUCCUGAUACAGCUUGCUGCUCUCUUCCUUGAUAGUGUGUUAUUAUUGCUUGGUUUCAUGAUACUUCAUCUACACUUGAUGCUCAGAAUAAUACUGUAAAGAUUUGGUUUUGGUGUGCGCCCUGCCCAGGAGAGCAGCUCUCAGUCGUCUCUGUGGCCUCAUUACGGCCCACCUGAAGGGAUAACAGGGACCAGAUAUUGACUUCAUGCUCUCAUUGGGCUUUCAUAUCGAUCUCAUGAUACUCUCUGACUGUCUGUGUCUGUGUCUGUGUGUGUUUGUGUGAAUACUGCCUUCAACCCUUUGGACCGUUUCUGUGAUCAGCCCCUCACACUGAUAGCAUUACAGGCAGAUAGCAUUGGAUCUGUUAGCUCUCUCUGUGUUGGAGUGGUUUAUGGUGGAGCUUCUCCUUUUUAUCCUGUAGGACUCAACAGAAUUUAGUCAAAUGUAUAGAAGAGAGAUAGCUCAACGUCACUUUUUCAUAUUGAACAUUUUCUACAUGAAGCCUCAAAGCUGAUGAAGACUGUUGGAAAAUAGAAAAAGUUAGAAACCGGUAAAAAGCUGAAACCCGUGAAUCAAAGCCUUGACUUUAUUGUGUUUAAGGAACUCAAUCAGCGUAAACUGAGCUCCCGUAUUCAUGAUUGUCGCUUUCUUUCCUUCUGUCUCCUCCAGCGAAGGUAGAAAAGCUGUUCAAAAGAGAAAAAGAUGUGUACCGAAGGCUGAAGGAAGUGCCCGACAAGGCUUUGGCCACCAGCGGCUACUCGGAGAUCAACCUGGCCAAACUCUUCCAGGCCUUCACCUCCCUCAAGUAA